CUGUCACUGUGAGCCUGGGAGGCUGCGGUGCAGGGACUGGGGACUGGAAGUGUGUUUUACCCCCAUGAGAUCACACAGCACCGAGCCCACUGACACAGAGGACAGACAGACCAUCACAGGGUGAGUGUGUGCACUUCAUUCCAUGGGAAACAGUUCAAAGAGGACUUAAUGCGGCUCAUACUGAGUCACAUGUUCUACUGCAACUCCCAUCAGAGGCUGGCUGAGAGUGAUUGGUUGUUUUAGUACAAAUCAUUUCCUAAUUCUUUAACCCUUAGUGAGCUUUUGCCCUGUGAGUUACUAGCAGAACUGUGAUUGCUGUGCAGUAAGUCUGCUGUUCCAUGAUCUGCUUUGUAUGUUCCUUGUACACAGUGUUCUGCAUGCUCUGUGAAGAUGCUCUGCAUGUCUUCCUCCUUCCCCCACACCUUUACAUGGAUGUUGUCCUACUGUGCCCUCCUGAGUGCCCAGUGCCAUAGCAAAGUCACGAGGUUGUCAUUGUAUUGAGUGGGUCUGUAAAAUACAGCAAAUUGUAACUUUUUUUUUGCUUCCUUUCCCCCAUCUGACACGGGUCAGCAGUUUUCUUUGGUUAUGUCACACAAAGCAUUCCUGGAGUAUCCAUGUAUUGUUUGGGAUUCUUCAUCUGCCAAAAUGGUUGUUUGCAAAAAAAUUGUAACUCCAGAAACAGCCCAUCUAGUCUUGUUGUAUUGUAUUCGAGGGGGCACAGCAUCAUGUGCCCAUAUGGCUUUUUUACAUCAUUGUUAAAUGGCAUGCUCUUUGAAUGGUGCAUAGCUGCAAUGAACCUUUGUACCUCCCGCUUAUUCUCCAAUCUGCAUUUUGUGGCUUUGAGUCUUAUACAUACUUUAAAUAAGCUAAUGUGAUUUUAAAAAGGAAAACAAGAUCUAAUUAAUAUGUGUAUGUGUGUGUGUGUGUGUGUAUGUAUAUGUGUGUGUGUGUAUGUAUAUGUGUGUGUGUAUCCUUGACAUGUUCCACAGCACACACAAUGUACAUGUAUAUUUUCUGGAAAAAAAUAGAAAAAUGUCAGAGUGCUAACACUUCUUCUUUUCAACAUUUUUUUUUUUUAGUUUAUUUAUGAUUAACUAUAAUCUUGUUGUGUAAAUAGUCUGUUGUGGUAAACAGAGCAUUUAUAAUUUUAGCUGCAUGUCAACAAAUGUUAAAAGUCAAAGUGCUUGUAAUUCUGCUAAAGUCAUAUUUUUAAUGUGUUCUUUGCAAAUGCCAUUAUUUUGCCCCAUUACUUUGUCAUGCAUUUUGUAUUCUUGGAAGGGGUUACAAUUCUAACCAUGUGAAAGUAGAUGCCAUAGAAACAUGUUCUGUAAGUGAGUCACUGUAGCGCUGUGUGUCUCCAGGAUACCUAGCUGUUCAGAACACCUGUCUCACUCUCCCUGUGAAAGUCAGCCACCUGUCCCACCUCUGCUCCUGCCCCCUUCAACCUGUCUCUCCUGGACACCCUUUCAAUGGAAGCGAGGAAGGGAGGAGCUCUCAUUGGCAGGGAGGGUUCAUACGUGGCUGGAGACCUGGGGUGGGAGCUUGGGAUUCCUGUCUCCAGGAAACCACAGGACCAGUUUCCCUCCACAUGAUCUCCUCCCCCUUCUGCACAAGUACCUUGGGAGUUAGACACACAAUUGCACUAGCAAUAGUUUCUAGGCAACACGGCCUUUACUGGUGUAGACCGCAAUCUAUAAUCUACCCCAAGAAUGUUCGCUGUCUAAGCCACGCUUUCUUGGUCCAUUAGACUGUCAUCAGUUGUAGUUGGAACGAAAGGCUGGCUCACGGUGAUAGAAGUGGCAAUUUGACCGCUAAAAGCUUUUUAGUUGGACAACAUUGGUUUAAUUGGACUUUUGGAAAGUUGUUUUUGUUUAUUUGUAUCCAACCAUUGUGUUGCACUGGUGUACGCGGCAACGGUUUUAUUCAUGAUUGCUGUCAUUGUGAAGUGAUAUUUAGAGUGUGAUCGCAUAUAUAUUUUGUAUUGUAGCUAUAGGAAAACCUCUUUAAUUUGGGUAGAUUUUCUGAUUAUUUUUUUGUUGUUGUUAAUAUAACGAACUACAAUUUAGUUAUGUCACUGGAGUCUAUUGUGGUAAACAGAGCGUAGCAGUUAUAAUUUUAGCUGCAUGUUGACAAUUACACUGGUCUUAAAGAAAAUUCCUUCCCCCAUGUCUUAAGGUUCUUUCGCAAAUGCUUAUUUCCAGUAAUAAGGGAUCAUUAAGACACGCCAUGUGGUAGGGACGAAAUGCCCUAAAAAUUUACAUUAUGCUGUAGAGGUUGGCAUGACUAGAUUUAACAUAAUUGCUCCAUGAAAUAUCAAUUCAGUUACUGGUAUUUGAAUAUUAUUAUUAUUUAAAUAGCGCCAGCAAAUUCUGUAGCGCUGUACAAUGGGAUAGUCGAUAUUUGCUUGAAAAAGCAAAAAAAGUUUGGUUCUGAUGGAUUGCAGAAUAACUGACGACUCUAAGACGCCAGGACAGCCAUUGAAGAUAUUUGUUUGACACCAAGAUGGAAUUUUAGCAUACGUGCCUGAUUAGCAGCAUUUUGGCCAAAAAAAUCUCUAACACAGCCAAGAUUUUCUUUUUUUUUGGAUGAGGUUUUCAAAUGGGUAAUGAAACUACAUGAUGUUUGAGAUUUGGAAAAACUUCUGUAUGAGGUGCAAGUCUGGCCUUGCAGUCAAAAAUAUUCAUAGUCUAUACUUCAACUAAUGUCGUUGCCUUACAGCAUUGUGUCUUGGGACAAACAAAAAUUCAAUUUUCUUUCUCGUGUCAGUUUUUUUAGGUUUAAAAGGGGUUAAGUUUUCUAAAGCUAAUGGAACCAAAAAUAGUUAUUGGGCUGUAGUUCAACCCUGGUAGCUAUUUUACAGAGUUGCAGUUUCAUCUUUUCAAUGGGUCGUUUGUGACAGAGAUACCAAGGAAUGCGAGGUUAUUGGGUUAGACGAUUAAAGCCUAUCAAAUGUGAAAGAAUCUUUGCAUCUUUUAGAUUAAAAGGAAUAUUUAAGACAUUCAGCCCAGGGCCACAAUAGAUGAUUUCUCACUCUUUUUGACUGCGGAGUGUUGGGGAUCGUUUUUUUGCCACAGUAAAUGGUACAUUUAUACUGUUUUAUAUAUUUGCUGUGCUGGUGGAGUUCCUAUGGAAACACACGUGACAUGAAGUCAAAAUAACUUGAUCUUUUACAGCAGGAAUGACACAAACUGGCUUUGAUCUAGCAUUUCCAAAAUCUGCUAAGGAUAGCAAAGGCAAGGACAGUUAGACAUGAAUAUUUUCAAAUUCAGAACAUGUCCAAUUGCAUUAGAUGCUGCAUCUGCAAGUAAUGCAACAAACUAACUCUUGUGAUCUGAAAUAGAAUUCUCCCAUAAUCCUGCAAAGCUGGCAAAGGAUUAUGGGAGUUGCAAGAGAACAAGAGCUGGAUAGCAUAUAUUGGUUAAAACAUUGCCAAGUGUAGAAAUCAUGCACAUUUACAUGUUCAGUGCAGUACAAGCAAAUCCCUUCUUAAAACACAUUAGCAAUAUAACUGGCCUGUAUUAUUUUUUAACUAUGUUACAAUUCCUAAUUUGCAUAAUUACAGUAUUUUCUACAGGCAAUCUGCAGCGUGCUGUAUUUUUGCAUAGAGGCAGUUUUGCCUACUCACCUGCUGGGUGUUUCAUUUGCAUAAUGCUGCAGAUUUUACUACUAAUUGGUUUGGCAGUGUGAUGUCUCUACAUGCCUUUUGUGCAUUAACUAUGCUUGUUAAAGAACAAAAUAUAUGGAUGUAGGUAGGUAGAUAAUGUAUGUUUUACUCCAUUAACAAAAUUUGUUAAUUUGCUAUCUCUAAAAGACCACAUUAGUAAGCAGUCUAAAAUGAUUUAAUCUUUUGCAUGCCUCAGAAUAGCUAGCAAAUGGUAACACAUUUGGAAAACACAAGAUAUUUGUUUACCAAGCUCCAAAAUAUUACACAAUGGGAUUAUUCACUAAAAUGAGAAUUGACCAGAAGAUCUCAAUAUUUAGGCCAGAAUAAUAAUUUGGAAAAGUUCACCCACGCUGCUAUUUUUCCAGCUCCUCUAUUUUUAAAUUCUCUUAUUGCUGACAGUUCACAGUCUAGUGAAUAACCUUUAAAGUUAGACAGUACACGACUCCAGUAAAUCGCCAUAUGCUACAAGAUUUACAGAGUUAUUUACCAAAGUGAGAAUUCAAAUAAAUCAAAGUGAAUCUCAAAUUUAAGGCCAGAAUAGCCAAACUGAAUGCCUAACUGACUUAGAGAAUGUAUCCACUUCAGCUGAUGAUCUUUAAAUCUUAAAGGGAUACAAUAGGCACCCAGACCGCUUCAUCUCAUUGAAGUGGUCUGGGUGCAUUGACCCUGAUCCCUCAACAUUCGGCCACAGUAAAAUCCCCAUAGGAGGAGGGAGUGGAGCAUUGACCCAACAUAGAGGGAGAUCGGUGCUGGAAUGGGGUAAGUACAAUAAGGGCUUUUUAACCCUUGCGGGGCGGGGGAGGGCAGUCUGCGAGGAGGGAGCUAUAGAAUGUAAUACAGCUUAGUAUUUCUAUUAAUGUCCAUGCCCGUUUUAGGGAUGUGUAAAAUGCAAUCUAUGCAUCGUGAUGGUGCAAGACCUAGAACCUAUAUAAACAGUGGGAGAUAUCAGUUUCCUUUCACUGUUUGAAAUCGAUUGAGUCCUAGUAUGUAUGUGAAAAUAAUGUUCAGAGCCCAUUGUGCUGAAUUUUCACUAAAACUCACAUUUUUCUAGCAAGUUUUAUGGAAAGUGUUUAUCGAAAAAAGCUAAAGUAAAUUAAAUAAUGGUAUAAUUAUGGAUAGAGAGUUAUGUGUGUAUAUACAUAUCAAUCUUUGUGUGUAUGUUUGUACCUAUUUAAAUGGAAAAAUGGUCACCUCAUUUAUAGAACUUAAAAUGUUUGUUGCUAUGGUGACUUGGCGAUUGGCAUUUGCCUGGCUGAUGGCAGCUAUAUGCCAAGAGGGUGCUUAUCGCUCCUGGAAUGCGAGAAAUUGUGCAGGGGCUUGGAUGUUGUGUGACAUCACCUAAUGCCAUGCGCCUGCGGUAAAAAAGAAAAAAGCUUAAUUUCUUUGUUACCUUACAGUGUGGCAUGCUGUAAAUUAGUGGAAAACACAUGUAUGUACACAGACGAUUAAUUCUAUUCGUGGUAAGCAGUGUGUGUGCAAGUGAUCUACUCGUAAACAUAUUAGGUACAUGCACUUAAUAUACUUAGAACCGAGAAAUUUUAAUGUUUCCCCUUAGCUUUCCAGUUUUUUAAAAGAAGGCCAACAUACUUUGUAAAACAUUAUCUUUGAAUUCAGUAUUUAAACCCAGUCUUUUCUUUCUUUCUUUCUUUCUCUCUGUCUCUCUCUCUCGAGUGCUGGGUGUGAUGUGGUUAUUUAAAAAAAAAAAAAAAUUAGCAAACUGAGUCUCACAAAACCUAAUUUGCUGAACCACCAGCCAUGUAGAGGAUUCUGCUCUUGCUAUCCCGUGUUAGUCUGAGCACACACACACAGAUUCCUGCACGCUGACGGAUUUCCUGCUAACUGGGAGUUUUUGCUGAUCUUUCCUUGUGUGUCCCUGGCCACUGAGUGUGAAGUUUCCGUUUGUGAGGGCUCACUCCAGAGCUGAGAGCCAUCCUGAUCUCAGAUACUGUAACCCCUCUGCUGCUGCAGGGCCCCUAAAACAAAUUGAGAUUAAUGAGGCACAGCAUGGAUUAGGGGCCUCUCCUACAAUGAAGAUUAGGGGCAGAAAGGGAGAUCUCAGUGUUUUUUUUUUUUUUCCUUUUUCUUCAAACACUGUGUCAUUCUGCUUUACAGACCUUUGGCAAUUAAUGAGUUAAUUGUUAGUAACUUUUUUUUUUUUAGUUUGUGAAAUUUAUAACAGCAGCAGUUUAUUGAAGAUGCCUUUAGCUGAUCAUGUGCCCUCUGACAACUUUAGAAAGUUAUGAGGAAGAAGAUUUCAAUCAUGAAUGUUUAGAAAAAUAGUCAAUAGAAGAUAUUUAAAUUUUAACGGCCCAAAAUACUAACCUUUUACACUAAUUUAAAUAGUGCUAACAUAUUCAACAGUGUUGUACAGUAGAUGAACCAAAAAAAUUGAAGUCUGAAAAAACAUGUUUGACAUACGGGAACAAUAGAUGAAGAUUAUUGCACUGUCCAAAUUUAAAUUUGGCCUCUGCUUGUUCCUUAGUGAUAACGACAUUGAAAAUUCUCAGUCUGUACCGUGCAAUAAACCCGUGCAGAUUACACGUACAUGCCGCCAACAGCAUUCAGUCCCUGCAUUCAAUCUUCACAUAGUGCUCCCAAAAUUCAGGCCUUAUCCACUACAUUCAUACUUUGCAUGUGGCGUUCGCACGAAACAUUCACAUACCGCCAUCAACAUUCCCAUUCCACAAGCUUUAACCCAUUAAGGACACAUGACAUGUGUGACAUGUCAUGAUUCCCUUUUAUUCCAGAAGUUUGUUCCUUAAGGGGUUAAAACCGCAGCAUCUCCAAAGUGGUUUCCCUUGGACCAGUGGGACAGAUCUGAUCUGCGACAGGAAAUUGCGCCCGUGCUCAUAUGUCAGUGUUCCUGUGGUUUGCAUGCAGUGGGCAUUCUCCAGAUACAAUCUCAAUGACUGAACGGUUCACGGUUGAAUUGAGAAUGCAUAUGUGAUGGAAGUCUACCACGAAUAUUAGGGUAAACUCAUGCACAACCGAGAUAAGUUAAACAUUCCAACAUAAGAAAUAUUAGCGUUGGUACUUAGUGCUAACAAACAAACACUCUUUAUAAGUUCUACAUUAACAAAAAAGCAAAUGUAAUAAGCCUAUAGGUUAAUUGAUGGUGCUUGAUCAACAGGAGAAUUAAAAAAAAAUAAUCUUUAAUACUGUACUGCUUCUCGUUGAAAAGUAAUAAUUUCUACUACUGGUGAGUUACAAUUGCAAAUGAACAACUGUCACAGAAUAAAUAUGUUUUACAUUAAUUCCUACUCCUCCCUCCUCCCAUUGCUCUUAUGAUAUGGACUUUGGUACAGCAAAAAGGCUGUAGUGGUUGUAUUUUAAAAUGCAUGCAUGUACGCAUUUACCUAGAACAAUGAGUGAGAUCCCCCGUCUUGUUCAUUCUUAAAGGGACACUGUAUCUGCUUCAUCUCAAUGAAGUGAAUUUAGUGUGUGGAGUCCACUAGUGCUGUCCUUUCAUUCAGCAUUAAACAGUAUUUAAUGUUUUUAUGUUAUAAUGCUAAAUUAAAAUCCCCUGCAGCCCAUCCCCCCCGGUGCUGCUUAGACAAAUGAGGAAGUAUCAGCCUGAGCAGCAAGAGGCAGCUGUGAUUGGAUGAGAGUGUCAGCUGACUGCUUUUAGCCUAUCAGAGCUACCGUUGCUGGUAUGAAUUGGUAAUAUUUCAAGUAAGUGUGUAAUCUCUGCCUUAGCUACACCUCCAGUAGGGGCUGGGCUGUUGGUGGUCAGAGAGACUUAUUUAAUGUUAAACUGCUCGAAAAUGAUGACACGCUGAAUGGAGGGACAGGGCCAGAAAACUGCAAGCACCAUAACCAAUUCAAAGAGUUGAAAUGGUUAUAGUGACUACAGUGCCCCUUUAAAAGAAAGCACUACAUGUGCGUAUUGGGCAAUUCUUCUUUCAUUGCCUAAGCAUCUACCAGGCAAUACAUUUAUGUAUGCGUAUUUUACCAGCCACACAUAAAGAUCUGAGCUGCCGCACUGUGUAGCAGUCAUUGAUUAACCACCCAUGCAAAAAAAAACAAUUUUGUGUCCGUUCCUGAGAUAUCCUGAGAUAUAACACUUGUGCAGAUGCCAGCAAGACCAAAGGGACAAGGUCCCCAUUUUGGGACUGUUCUAUCACCAUGUUGGGAAGUAUGCAAAAUAAUCUUCCGACUGUGACAGAUCCAUUACGAAAUGUUUUGGGGUAUAAUUUCACUUUAUUUAUCUUGGGUAUGGGUCAUUGAAAUAGUCCCAUGUGAAAUUCCAGAGUGAAUGGGAAUUUGAGGAGAAUUUGCCUAUGAAAUGUCUCAAAGUGGAGCAGAUUGGUAACUUCUGCGUUAUUUGAUUCCUAGGUAUGUUUACCUCUAGAGAAAACCUAAUCAGAAUGCCUAGUUAAAUGCAACAAAGAUUAUGGACUGUAGUCCACACUAUCUGGAGUGCUGAAGGUUGCCUACACCCGCCAUAGGUUAACCUACAAUGAUUAUAAUAACCCUUUUUGAAUCAACAUACUGCUUUUUUAAGAAGACAAAAUUGCCUACAUUCCAGGAAACUGACUCUCCUCCCCGUCUAUGCUGCUCCCAACUCAGGGGAUAAUGUUACUAAACAUUUCUGACUGUUUACAAACAACACAUCCUGCAUCCUUUACUGAUGUUCCUAUCUGUGGUCUAGUGGGAGGAGGAAAUGAUGUCAGAGUGGCUACAUUCCCCUACAAAAUAUCAAGGCGUUUCAUGGUUAGAGGCGUAGGUGUGUAUGGGGCCGAAACAAACAAAAAACAGGCGAGAUUUGCUAUGUUUAAUCCUUCGAGUACUGGCAGAGCCAUCCUUUUGCUCAAAAGUCUGUUUUAAAUAUCUCUGGAAUUCCAAAGUUGAAAUGUUUGAAUUUAUAAUUUUUUUUUAAAGUACAAUGAAUUCCAAAAAUACACACAGCAUUUCCUUGUGUUCGGAAUGUUUUGUUAAUUGUAUUUAUUAUUUGCUGUUUUUGUUGUCAUGGUGAAACUCUUUGCGAACAAACGGAUUCCCCUCGUCUUGCUUUCUUCAUAUCCCCAUCGACACGCUGACUGCUGUGCAUGGGGACAUGUGUUCUGUAACUGGGAGUCAUGCAGCCUCACAUGAUCCUCAUUAACGCCAGGCCUAUGUUACAUCAGCAGUGUACAAAGUGCAUGUCCCUUGUGGGGGAUGCAUACUUGUGGCUAGGGGUAGUUGUACAUCUGGUGAGCACACUUCUUGCUGCAAUUGCUGUGUGUGUGUGUUUUCUUUUCACAUUUUGCCAAAAUGUUUUAGAUUUUUCAGAUCAAGUCUUUAAAGAGGGCUUGAGCCCAGUUAUGCAGACAGAAUAGUGACAGAGUAUUGAGGAAUCAGUAGUGAGUGCAUCUAUGGCAUGUUUUAACCCUAAAAAAAAAAAAUCUGCAUUAUUUGUUUGCCAUCAUCAAUCACAUCAACCGCUGGUCCCUAAAGAACCAUUCCAGCAUUGAAUUCCCUGUUUAUUACGCAAUGACAGCACUAUAAAGCAUUGUUGGUGUUAAAUAAGAGGGUCAUUUUAUUGGCAUAGGAUCCUUAAAAAUGUUACAAUGGUACAGAGUAGACCAGUGGUUCCCAAACUUUCAAGGCGCCCAUAAUAUUUCAGUAUUUUUCCAACGCACCCCAAGUCAAAAUUUCUAGGCUGCCUAUCUGUACAGCCCUGUGGCAUUUACUGGCACUAUAGUGUAAUGUACAGUGUUGGUGUUUGAAGGGGUGCUUGUAUACAUUUAUUGUAUUUUAAUACAGGGGUUUGUUUGCAUUUAAUGUUUGAUUGCAGGGUUGUGUUUGAAUGCAGAUGCACAUUUGUGUGAAGUGUUUGAGUGAAGGUGUAUGUGUGUAUAUAUAAUAUAUAAUUUGUUUGAAUGCAGGGGUGUGUAUAUGUAAGUUAGAUUGCAGGAGUGUGUUUGACAGCUUGGAUGUAUAUACAUACAUACAUACAUACAUACAUACAUACAUAUAUACAUAUACACACAGAUAUUCAUGCACAUUAACACACAGAUGCAUAUAAAUACACCGACACAUACACACAAAUUUAUAUAGACACACAUGCACCCUGACUAGGGAUCGACCGAUAUUGAUUUUUUUUUUUUAGAGCCGAUAACGAUAUUCUGUGAACUUUCAGGCAGAUAGCCGAUAUAAUUUGCCGAUAUUCUGCACAUUGGAAAAUAAAAACUAUUUCUAAAGGUAAAUGCACAAAAUAUACAUGCCACAUGUAGUGGAUGCAGUGUGUUUGGACAGGGAAGCUGUGUGUGUUUGUGUAGUUUGUGUGUGUAGUGGAUGCAGUGUGUGUUUUGUGUAGUGUGUGUUUGUGUAGUGUGUGUGUUGUGGAGGCAGUGUGUAUUUUUGUAGUGUGUUGUGGAGGCAGUGUGUGUUUGUGUGUGUGUGUUUUGUGGAGGCAGUGUGUGUUUGUGUAGUGUGUGUGUUGUGGAGGCAGUGUGUGUUGUGGAGGCAGUGUGUGUUUGUUUUGUGGAGGCAGUGUGUGUUUGUGUAGUGUGUGUGUGUGUGUGUGUUGUGGAGGCAGUGUGUGUUUGUGUGUGUUUUGUGGAGGCAGUGUGUGUUUGUGUAGUGUGUGUGUUGUGGAGGCAGUGUGUGUGUUUGUGUAGUGUGUGUGUGUGUUGUGGAGGCAGUGUGUGUGUUUGUGUGUGUGUGUGUUUUGUGGAGGCAGUGUGUUUUUGUGUGUGUGUGUGUGUGUUUUGUGGAGGCAGUGUGUGUGUGUGUUUGUGUAGUGUGUGUGUUGUGGAGGCAGUGUGUUUAUAUAAUGCAGAGUGUGUGUGUUUGUAUAGUGUGUGUGUGUGUAUAUAAUGCAGUGUGUUUGUGUAGUGUGCAUUAUGUAAACACACUACACACACUGCAUUAUAUAAACACUGCAUUAUAUACACACUUCAUUAUAUACACACACUGCAUUAUAUACACACUACACAAACACACACUGCAUUAUAUAAACACACUACACACACUGCAUUAUAUACACAGUGUGUUUGUGUAGUGCAUGUGUAUAUAAUGGAGUGUGUGUGUGUGAGGGGGCAUUUUUUAUUUCAUAAUUUUUUUAUUUUUUUUUAAAUUUAAUUAUUAUUUUUGUUGUCCCCCCUCCCUGCUUGUUACCUGGCCAUGGAGGGGGGAUAUGGCAUUCCCUGGUGGUCCAGUGGCAUUGGCUGUGCUGUGGGGGAGGCAGCAAGCGUUUACUCACCUCCCCGCAGCUCCUCCAGCACCCCUGUGUAAGUAUCGCGGUCUGCGUGCCGCGUGGAGCGUUGCCAUGGUAACCCAGGGCAACGCUCUGACGGCCGCGGGUCUCGCGAGACUUACAUAGGGGAGCUGGAGGAGCUGCUGGGAGGUAAGUAAACGCUUGCUGCUGGCUCCCAACAGGACCACCUAGGAGGUAUUAUCGGCAAUAUCGGUAUCUGAAUUGUCCGAUACCGAUAUUGCCGAAAAUACUGAAUAUCGACCGAUAAUAUUGGUAAAACCAAUAAUCGGUCGAUCCCUAACCCUGACACACACACACAUUGAUACAGAUACACACACUGACAUAAAAACACCCACACUGACACACAGAUGCACAUACACAGAUGUGUGUGCAGACACAGAAGCACACACACACAUUCACAAACACCCUGACACACACACUUAUACUCACUCACACACACACCCAUACAAGCGAUUUAUUUUUAAUAUCUCCAGCCACUCUCCUGUCAGCCUACCUUAUGUGCCAGGAGGGUGACUUGGAAUCCUGCUGCUGGUGGAGUGAGCGGUCUGGAGCUCUUCGUGCCUCCUCCCAUGCUGUCUCCCUGCGUGAUGCUGGGAAUAAGUGACAGGCUGUCAUUUCCUCCCAGACGGCCGACAUUACAGGGGCCCGGUCGCGGUUUUAAAGGACAGCGGCACCUGACCCGUCCCCUUUGAGCAGUAAUGUUUCCCUGGUGCUAUAAUUAUAGCACCAGGGAAACAUUCCGCGGCACCCCUGUGUGCACGUUGCAGCGCCCCAGAGACAAAGUUUGGGAACUGCUGAAGUAGACCAUUAUCAGUCCUUAAGGGGUUAAAUAUAUUAUCUGGAUUAUUGCCUCAUUUUCUAUUUGAAGGGAUGGACAGGGAACUGUGCAAAAUCUGUGGCAGGAACACUGUUAAUGCAUUAAAAAAAACAGCAGAAAUUGAGACACUAAUUCACGGAUUCACUCACUGAAAGUAUAGGUGAUUGGUUUAUCUUUGUUUCCUGAUGUUGAUGUGACAUUGUUGCUUCCAUUUUUACACCCCUUCUCUCAAGUCACUUCCUUGAUCUCAACAAUGUGAUUACUAAAUGUUAAAAGGAAUUCAGAAAAAAUAAAAAUUAAAAAAAAGUCCUUAUUGUGUAAUGGGGGAAUUACACUUCCUCCUCCUUUCAAUUUCUACUAAGCAUUAGAUUUUUUUUAAUUUUUUUUUAAAUUCAUAUGACGAAGGAAUUUAUUUAUUUUUACAGUAUACUUUAAAAAGAUUAAAUCUGACAUGUAUUUCAUAAAAUGAAAUACUGUUUUCUUUCCUGCAGCACUCAUUGUUAAACAGCCAACACACGCGCUGAUACUGUCAACAUGCGCCUUAAGGCAAUCCAUGAAGAUGUGCUUUUGGCAGGUGGGGUAAUUUCAUUGCACCUACAGCAAAAAGUGCUUAUUUUAACAUUAACGUAAUUGGAAGACGAUAUGUAGCUAACGCCAUCUCUAAUAGUAAUUUCACGUAAGAGCAACAUGUACUAAAUGGAGAAUUUACUUACAUGAAAAGGAGAGAAAUCUCAAUCUAUCCGUCCCGGUAAAAUAUUUUAUAAAUAAAUUGUGAAGAUUUUGUUUGGGAACUCCAAAUUUGAGGGCAAAAUUGCUGAACUGGAAAAAUAGUUGAAGAAUCCUUCCAAAUUCACGUAUUUUAUUCUAAAAUAAACAAUCUUUGUAUGUUCUCCUCUCCAUAAUUUGUAGUUUAGUGAGUAACAUUUUUACUAGCAGGCAGUUUUAACAGAACAAAAAAAGGAACAGAAACGUUUCGCCCGGCCAAACGGUCUUUGUCAAGCGCCUGGAGAAUUUUUAGUGUUGCCUUAUCGUUGUGGGAUUGCUGGUCUUGCUCCGGAGUACCCGGUGGCUGCUGAGAUUGAGUGUGGCUCCUAUUGUCAUUUAAGUAAAUGUCUCUCAGCUGCGAUAAGCCUUCCCUUGUCUGAUUUUAUAUUAAAGCAGCAAAGGAAAUAACGUUUAUAUCGCACAUGUGCGUUAGUACAUUUCUUCCGCGCUAGUAUGCGUUUAAUGAUGCAAUGAAUGACAUGGCUACAACAUACAGACCAUAUUUGUGUAAAUGGACCGGGCAAAAAUGAACAAAUAUGAAACCAAGUCUGUACACCUUUUAGGAAGAAAGGGGUGGGGAGGACCAGCAUUAAACAAAAUCUAAGGGGACACUGGACGCGUUUCGCAUCUAGCACAGACACUUUAUCAACCUGCUGAAUCUUCAGGCUCAUUGUGACUGAGCUCGGUCUAAAUAAGAGCGUGUCUAAGAAAUUACAUAACCUCACUAUGUCUAAUUGGAAGGGUCAGUAGUGAGACCAUGUGUUAAUUCCUUGCAUCAUCUAAUAGGGCAGAUACAAGGAAUGCAUUGUACAUCUCUUUGAUAAUACAAAUGAAUACAUGUCAGUUGGAUUUUUAUAAAUGUUUUUUGUUUGGACAUUCUCUGCCAAUGUUUGCUGUUUGGGGCCAAAUGCCACAUAAUACUUGUUUGCUUUUAUCAUUUUGUUCUUUGCCGUGGACAGAUUUACAGUGUAUAAAGACCAUAAGGAACAGUUGGACAUUUAAUAUAUUCAUGUAACAACCUAGAGAAUGUGACAUUUUUAGUUUCCACGGAAACACAGUCCUAAUGUAGUAUCACAGGAAUACGUUUCUGUACUAUAUUUGGGCCCCAUUGUAGCUGUGUUUUUUACCUCCCUGAAAUAUCUGUGAUUUUGAUGUAGCCUCACAUCCCAGGGGCACACAGUUACUCUUAGCCAGGCCAUGUGGAAGGAGACAUACAUGCUCUCACUUUACAUUCAAUUGCGAGAAACCUUUUAAAUUCUAUUUACCGUGGACUCCAUCUUCCAUGAUUUUCUCUUGGAAUAAAGCAUAUUUUCGCAAUCCACUAGUCUGCAGCACCUGGUUUACAGUAAAAUGUAUCCAUGUCACCUUUGCUAUGUUUCAUAAAUAGUACGUUCGUGAAUACAAAUAAAGAUAUUUUAUGAAAUAAUAUUGACUUCACAAAUCUUGUUUCACAGUUAUAUUUAAAGAUAUCCGCACUUAAUGUUGUAUUUCCCCCAGACAGAAAAGCCAAUAGUUUCUACUUGCUUAGAUACUCUACAUGCUUGUAUUUUUGGGACCGAGGCACACUUCAGUAAGAUUUGCAUUUCCAAAGCACACCUGCUUAGUUUUUUUUUUUUUCUUCUUUUAACUUCAUUACCAGCUCAGAAAUGUAACAUCUAGAUUAGAAGCUUACUAAAGGGACAUCGAUACUUUAAGCCAUAUUGCCUUACUAGUUUAAUUAGAAGGGCAAUGUAGUCACCCGAACCACUACAGCUUAAUGUAGUGGUUCUGGUGUCUAUAACCUGUCCCUGCAGGCUGAGCAAUGUAAAUGCUGCCUUUUCAGGGAAAGGGCAGUGUUUACACAGCUGCCUAGUAACACCUCUUGUGGUAGUCAUUCAGACAGCCACUAGAGGUGCUUUCUAGUCCACUUCACCUACGUUCAGCAUCUCAACACUGUGCAUGCAGACGCUGAACGCUCCCCAUGCAGAUGCAUUGAUUCAUUGCAUCUCUAUGAGGUGAUGCUGAUUGGCACAGCACUGCAUUUUGCCAUGCAUGCGCAAUAGCCUCUCAAUGCUUUCUUAAGGGAAAGCAUUGGAUUGGCUGAGAUCAUCAAGAUUGAUACCAGCCAUGGAGGCAGGACCAGUUGUGGCAAGACCACUUUGAGGGUGGCAGGGGACCCUAAUAGUUCAAAACUAUAGAGUCAGGAAUACAUGUUUGUAUUCCUAAUACUAUAGUGUUCCUUUAAUUACCAGAUGGGAAUUACAAUUUUACUGCAGAUACUUAUAUAAAAUAAAAAAAUAAUUUAAAAGCGGCUUUAUUUUUUUACUGUCUCCACCCCACUGACUCUCUAAUCUAGUCCUAACUGUCCCCCUCAUGCUUCUUUUUAGGUAGAAUUUGCUUUUUUCUUCUUGCUCCUUUGCGACACUAAAUUGCUUUCUUUCCAUAAUCUCUACCUUUAAAAUAUGCUGGUAAAAAAUGCAUAACAAACAAAUGUAAGGCUGGUAAAAAAUGCAUAACAAGACCAGUGUAGUUUUCUCAGUCAUUCAUAAUGUUCCUAAAUUCUUUUCAUGUGUUCCAUUUAAUGACACCGCAAAAUGCCUUCUGUGGGAGUGCUAUAGUCGCCAUUGUUUUUAUUGCUCUCUAUUAAAAGGGAUGAAAUAGUUAUUUCUUUGUCUGUAUUCCGCCAAGGGAAGACUGUGUCACUAAAGAAAACAUUAGAUUGCGUUUUUAUUAAUAUUACGAGCCUGAGUUAAUAUAGUGCCUCUGUUCCACAGAGUGUGGACACACUGAUGUAGCUCUGGAACCCAAUUUGGAUUAAAUGCAGUCAAGUUUUUCUAAAAGACAGGAAACAAACAUUACCAGACACAUUUUUAAUUCCGUAGAUUUAUUAAUGGCUGUUAGCUGCAGUUUUAUCGGUUUGUUGAUAAAUUCUUUAUUGGACAUCUGCCAGUAUUCCCCUUUGAGCCAGAUUGUCCUUUAUUUUUUUUUUUAAAUAUUGGCAGCAGAUGGGUUAACUGACAGCUAUUCUAAGUACAAAGGUGACUGUGCCUUUUUGUCUUUUACUGAAUAGCCUUACCUAAGGAGGUUUACCAUGGCCUUGACAAAUAAGAAGUAUCAGUUGUCCUUUGAUCCAUGUCCUCUUGUUAAGUGUAUGCAAAGCAUUGAAAUGACUCAGAUUACAGUCCAACUCUCUCCUUUGUUCUGCAUUCCGCAGUUUGAUUUUAUUCAUUCCCAGGAACCUACCAGCAAACUGAUUUUUAUCCGUCCUCCAUGAUAAUAUUGUGGUUGGAAAGAUCAUGUUUCAUUAAAGGGGAAACUGUCAGCCCAUAAAUUCCAGUUUAAAAGAAAGCACACAAAAUUGCAACAGGAACCAUUAAAGUGGCGUGCUUUAAUGAAGAAUACAAAUAAUUUGCUGUUUAUGGACGACCACAUCAAUGAUUCUAAGCCAAGCAAGGGCUAGCUUAAAGGAACACUACAGUGUUAGCAAACUGUAUUCCUAACAUUACAGUGUUCCUCUGCCUCCGCAGACCCCACCCCAAUAAUCACUUGCCUGAUUCCAGCGCCCUCAUACUGGCUCCAUCUUUUCUUCCUCUGAUAUCAGUGUGAUCUGGGAACCUAUGUGCAUGCGCAGCAUGUGCCACACACCUAUUAAGGAAGCACUGACUAAAUGUUUUCCUAAGGGAUUUUGCAAGAUACCGGUUGUCAUCAUGCACAGCAUAAAACUGCUGUAAGCGCCUCUAGUUGUUGUCUGGGAGAGCAGAGGUAGCCGAAAGGUAGAUCCACAGAUGUUUUAAAACGACAUCUUCUGCAAUGACUUGUCAUUCUGAAGGCAUACAAAGCAUCAUGGGAGUUGUAGUUCUACAUCUGGGGAUCUACUGCGACUGACAGGUUUUUUUUGUUCAUAAAACAAUUAUUGUCAUGGCACAAACACAGUCUUGUGCAAGCAGUCCAGGAUGAUAGGUCCUGAUGCACUCGCAUAGGGGCUUAAAUGCACAGAAUUCCAUUACAAGUGUAACCAUACAUUACACCCUACACUUUCCAUCAGUGCCAGUCUGCUGCGUGGUUUGGGACUGAGAUAAGAAGUUAAACAGUUCUAAAAUGGUUUAACUCCUUAUAAUGGGGGAGCCAAGGCUUUCCUAUGGACGCUGGCGUCUUCUCACUGUGAAAAUCACAGUGAGAAGCGCCUCUAGCGGCUGUCAAUGAGACAGCCACUAGAGGCUGGAUUAACCCGAAUGUAAACAUAGCAGUUUCUUGAAACUGCUAUGUAUACAGCAAGCAGGGUUAAUCAUAGCUGGACCUGGCACCCAGACCACUUCAUUAAGCUGAAGUGGUCUGGGUGCCUAUAGUGGUCAUUUAAAACAAUCAGGUAAAUGCUUAGCGUAGGAAUCUCCUGGGUAGUUUUGACAGGUGAGGUUUAUACGCUAUGGCCAUGGUACUAAGACCUCUUAUCUUAAAAUACACAUUGGGGUGACCUUUUGGGUUUAUUUAGUUGAUAAUCAUGGUGCUUUAUUUGUGUCAACAUUUUAUUAACGGAUGCAAUUACAUUGAUGUCAAAUACAGAGAAUAGAAGAAUUAUUUGACAUUGUAUCUAUUUAAAAAAAUGUAUCAGUUGCACUCAACUGUUUUGUUUUUUUCCCCUUCAUGUAUAAAUACGAUUAUGUAGCACUUACAAAAAUUGUCUUACUAAAGCUGUUGAUGGUGUUUUUUCAUGACUUCACUUAAACCCAAUGCUGGCAAAUUCCCAAGAUUUUUCUCUGAGUAAACUAGAGGAGGCCAAUCGGUAGAACCACAACUACCAUGAUUCUUUACAAGCCUCUGGUAUGAUUAAGCAUCAUGGGAGUUGAAGUUCUUUUUUUGGGGGAGCCAUUUCUUCCCUGCCAUCCCUAGUGUAAACAAUAUGUGCUUGACUGCCCCAUUCCUCGGCAACCACCUCUGUGUACAUUAGUAGACCAGUCUGGUUAGUUAUGAAUGACAGGACGCAUUACUUCAUUUUUACUGAGGCUGAGAAUUGCAUCUUGCUAUUCUCAGGUGACUCAGUCUGUUUGGUAUGGAUAGGCAGAGAAUUGGCCUGGCUCCAUACACCUGCUUCUUGCCACACCCUUUAUUUCUGAAUGACUGUAUGCUCGAGACCUGCUGCAAAGCCCACAUCAUUUUGCUGUAGAUAUGUUUUAUCAACUACUUUGAAUCUUUUAAUGUACCAAUAGCCAUUAGUGACAUCAUCACAAUCUAUAUGACCUUCACCCAGGGGCAGAGGUCUUUCCAAUACAUUGAUUUGCAGGACAUUCUAUAGUGUCUGUUAAAGUGAUAUUUCCCUUUGGAUGGUUUUACAAAAACAAAAACAAAACUAUAUAUUUUUGUUUGUUUGUUUGUUUUUGUAUGUAUAGUUUUUUUUUAAAUCCAAUACACUCAUAGGCAGGGUUUAGUAAAUGAUUGAAACACUUAUAGAGAUAUUUGAUUGAAACACAUAUAGAGAUGUUUGCACUUUUGUGCUAGGGCCUAGUUGCACCCCAGGCUCAUGUCAAUUAUGUGCAAAAAUUGUUAAUAAAACAAAUGUUUAAACACGGCAUACCGGCGACAGAUGAAAUGCGCUUUUUACUUAUGUGUAUUGCGCUUCCAGGUCUUCCAACCCCUCACGCUUCGCUCUGUUCAGUAGAAUGAAAGUUUUUCAAAUGUUUCUUUAAAUCCCUCCUCGUAGGUGGACCUAAUAGUAAUGCAAGAGGGCAUUGAAAGUGUAAAUAUAUUUAUUUCAAAAGGAUUAGAAUAAACUUUAAGUUGUACAGCCCAAUGUAGUGAUUAUGGUUCCAAUAGUUCCCUGGUUCCAAGUUGUCCAACUGUCUCUUUUUCUUAUAUCGCUAAUGUGGACGUUCAUACUUCUCCUUAAGAAAUGUACAUUCCACUCAUCUUUGGAGGAAAGUAAUUGUCUGGAGCUCUUCCUGCUAUUAAUUUUGUCCAUGGUGGGCCGAAACUGAUAUCUAUUGUGGUGGAGGAACCUCUGCUUUAGAUAUAUCUAUUAUAAGUGGAGGCCAUCCCAGAACCCCCUGGGAACUCAUGGCUCCUUAACCACUUCAGCAACCUGUAAUGGAUAUGCUGUCUAGUUUGUUCCUUGUAAUCGUGAAUUGUUGGAAUUUCCCCAUGGAUUGCAAAUUUUAGGCCAAAAUAGCAAUUUGAAAAAAUUUCCUCAAGCUAUUUCCAGUUCAGUUGUUUUUCAAAAUUACAUGUAUUUUGCUAAUGUUUAAGUAGCAUCCUUAAAUUACUUUUUUUUUUUUUUUUGGUGUUACUCAAAGAAACAAAAAAAAAUAAAUUGCCAUACAGUUAUUUCUGCUAAAAAUAUGCUCGUUCUAAAAAAGUUUACCUAAAAAUGUAAUAUUCCUUUAAAACACUUUCUGAAGUUUCAUGGCCCCGAAUGGGGACUAAUAGUCCAUAUCCCAUUCUCCAAACAAAUUCCAUUCUGGCUCCCUUGAAACCAUAUAGCAUGCUGCACUCCAAAUUACGAGCUGUUCUUGAAGUGUUCUGCCAUGGGAUGUGUCUAAUUUAUCACGGUUACCUUACAACAUGAAGAAAGGUCAUAGAGACAUUAAACAAUACCCAGUGUACUCUGAGAUGUGGAGGUGAGAGGUUAAACAUGAUAGGGUUUUUGGUGGUUUUCUGUGUAAUUUGAGUAGAAAUUAUUGAAAAGUGUUGCUUUGAAAAGAUCCAUUUUGUGUCUUGUGAAUGUAAUUUAGUGUCCGUGCGUGUGCUGUGCUUAAUGAGUGGCUUAAAGAUGUCCAGAUAGUUUGCUAUCCUGAGGGUAAACUUCAAAGGAGAGAAGUAUGUAAAAAUCUUAAUAUUUACUUGUCGGCAAAGUAUUUAUCUAAAAUAAAACUAAUAUAGAUUUGGUUUCAAAGAGAUAAGACGGACAGAUGUGCAAAGGCCAUUUGGUAUCGGAGGGAAAAAAAAUUGUAAAUUUUUUAAAACAUUGGAGUGUUAUAAAAUAUGGAAAGAAAAUUUUAGAUGUAAAAUUGUAACUUGUUCACUCUUUCGAAGAAUGCUGAAUAUUUUUACACACGCCAGGGAUAUCUGCUAAGGUAAGAAUGAAAAGUGAAUUUAAAAUUUAAAGUAAAAAUUGCCGUUUUUUUUCUUCUUUUUUUUUAAAGUUCGCUUUGCUUUCAGCCUGGCUAUUCUGUCCUUAAAUUUGAAAUUCAGUUUGAAUUCUCACUUUAGUAAAAAACCCAGACUUGAGUGCUAUUUAACAGAACCAUUCUUGUUUACUGGGAUCAAUAAUACAAUGAAACCGCAAAACUAGAAAAGUGACAUUUUUUUUUCUGUGCUUUGGAAAUAAUUACGUUGCAGUAAAAAAAUGGAACCAGUUUUAACUCAAAAGCAAUUUGUAUAUGCAAAAUGCAUUCCGCACGUACUUGCUACAAUAAAGCACAUAAAUUUAAUUUUUAUUUUUUCUCUUUCUGUGGGUUCCUCAUUCUUCUUCACUUAGGAGAUAGAUUAGAUGGUAUGAGCUCUCUCUCCACAUAUAUUCUAGGCUGAAAGUUGGUGCACUGGAAAGAGGUAAGUUUUUAAAGGUUAUUUUUUUUGAACCCUUUAAUCACCAGCUUUAAGGCAGAGGGACACUGGAAUGUUAGGAAUACAGUUUUGAAUCCUUUAACCUCCGUGUCCCUUGUCGCCUUUUUCAUAAUGUCAUUGCCGAGGCUUUGAACCCCUUAAGGAACAAACUUCUGGAAUAAAAGGGAAUCAUGGCAUGUCACACAUGUCAUGUGUCCUUAAGGGGUUAAAGGGGACACAUCACUUCUCUAGAAAUUACAACACUAAAUAAAACAUUGAAAACCUCCUAUAAAUUGUGUUAACCAUUUUUUCACAUCAUGCUCUGUUUUGUUUUUUAAAGUUUAUGUUAAAGAUUUAACAAUUGUUAUCAGAAUCCUGUUCAGUCCUAGAAUAGCCAUGGCACACGUUGCUUUGGACAAGUUCUUCCUCAGGAAUGACAAGUAUCGCUUUUUUUAACAGAGGUGGGGUUAAAAUUUAAGAGAUCAAAUAUAAAUCUCAACAGGGUAAUUGUUUUUCUAUUUUUCUACCACUUUAGCUAUUCUAAAAAACAAAAAACAACACAUUUUCCAUUGUAUUACAUUAGCUUUGCCGAGCUGGAGGCUUGAGGCUAAAUACAUCUAUUAAGGGUGAUUGCGCUGGCCGUAUUGUGUCGCUGGCGUGUCGUUGUUAUCAUACUGCGCUGUGGCCCCUAAUUUAAUAAUGUGAUAUGCAACAUUCCACGGUUAGAUGUUCCAACACACUUGCUUCCAUUAUUCCGACACACCUGCCUCUGCUUCUGAAUGAUAAAUGAUCUUCCCCAACGAACAGGUGGAGAACACAGAUAUCACACAUGUGUGCACUGAUGUUUCAGCGGAUAUGAUGUGGUUACAGUGGUCUAGUAAUUGUUGUAAAGAAUUGAUGAAUGUAAAUUCUUCAUUGGAGUGCUUUUUUUAUCCAAUAAUGAUAUAAUGGAAGCAACAUGCACCAGCAGAUGGGUUAUUUCUUGGGUUAUCCCGUGCGUAUCCAUUGAAUUAUUACAGCUUUGAUUAGUUUUUUUUCCGGCUAGUUGUACAUGAUGAAUGUUUGCCCUUCACACACUUCUCCUGCUGAUGAUAAAUGUAUAUCCAGACUAUGCUACAUCACUUUGCACCUGCUUGUCACUUCCCCAUAUUUUUACUUGUCAUGUGUGUGGAAUGUGAAUUGCUUGUUUGCUUUAUAUUGUCUGCACAGUACGACACGCCCUGCACAGUACACAAGCUAUCUCUUCAAUCAGGAUGUACUUACUUAGAGCUUAAUUUGUAUCUAUAGCUUCAAUCGUGUAGAUUUCUUUAUAAUUUUACUGUUCUCUGCAGAAUUAUAAAAAAAAAAAAAAGCCAACAACUGGUCUUCACGAUUUCCUCCAAUCCAUUGCUUCUCAUCUGUCUGGAGGAAAAAGCGACUAGUGGCUGCCGUAAUAAUAUUUCAGUUUCUUUAAAUACUGCAAUGUUUUACUUUGCAGGGUUAAAAUGACAGAACGGCUGCACCCGGAACACUUCAUUGAGAUGAAGUGGUCAUUGUGACUUAAAUGUUCUUUUAAGGAAUUGUACAUUUUUCCCUUAUGGUGUUUUUGUAGGUUUCGCAUAACUUAAGAAAACAUUUCGUAACCACAUAAUUCCCGAGAAUACCAGCUGCUGAUUAAAAAAAGAUUAUUUUUGCCAUCAGGGAAAUUUUGCAAGCUUGAAAAUAAAAUACUAAAGUAAUGACUAAAAAUAGUCAAAUCAACUGAUUGUUGGCUUUAAUUUUAAUUACAUUUUUGUUUUUUUUUAAAUAACGCUGGGAGUGGACCGUAUAAUUAUAAGAGAACUUACCUUAAAAUGGACCAUUUUAAAAAGUCAUCAUCUCAAGAAAUGAGUGCUGUGCAGUUCUGUUAUAUACCAAUUGGUCUUAUUGUGUCACUGUAUUAGUUUUGAAAUGUCAUUGCUCUUACAUAUCUGAACCUUGUAACAUUUUUACAUUGUUAUUUAUUUAUUUUUUCCAUUCAGCCUGAGGACGAGCAUCGAUAGAGAUUAGCUGGAGAGAGACCCUCAUGAAUAGAAACACUUCACAUCGCUUGCCUGUAGCAGCAGAGACAAGGCUACAGAUAUAGGUAAAAAGUGGAAACUGAGACUUAAAGGGUAAUAUUAAGAAUUCAUAUAACUUUCACCAUGCGGAAGCUUGAUUUACAGCUGUGCUACUCAACCUGUGGUACGCGCAGUGGUGUAUUUUGAAAUGGUGCUGCCCCAGGAAUGACAGCUCUUGGGCACCCCCUAAUUUAAAUUUGCCCGACCCUUCCUGCCAAGGCCACACCGCUUCCUGUUAACCAACACACAUUUUGACUGACAGACACACACUCACGGACCAGCACACACCCUCAGAUACACUGACAUACACACACACAUACACUUACUGAUUUGCAACAAUCUGACAUACACAUACAAUCAUUCAGAUACACACUGACAGACCCACAUAAGCACUAACAGACAGGCACAAUCACUCAGACACACACAUUCACUGGACACACACACUCACAGACACUGACAGACAUACAUUCACUGACAGAUAAACACACACACAUUCACUCACUCACACGCUUGCAUUCACUGACCCACACACACACACUCACUGACCCACACACUCACUCAAAUUCACUGACACACUCACAUUCACUAACACACACAUUCACUCCACGUUUACUGACACACACACAUUCACUGACACACACACACAUUCACUCACAUUCACUGACACACACUCACCCACCCACAUUCACUGAUACACACUCACCCACCCACAUUCACUCACACAAACGCUCACUCACAUUCACUGACAAACACAAACACACACACACACACACACACACAAUAACUUUCCCACAACGAUCACAAUUAUUAUUAUUUAAAAGAAAAAAAAUUUAAAUCCACCCAGCCUCCUUACUUUUGGGAGAGUUGGGUGGAUUUUUCACCUUGGUUCCAGUGGGGAUGCUGGGCAGGAAGGUGGGCGGACGUGCAGGAAUGUGGGCGGGUGGCUGCACUUGGCGAUCAACAAGAGAGUUGUGAUCUCCCUGCUCAGCCCCCUUGCGCGCGUUGCAGAGUGAUGCCGGGAACCAUCUGGGAAACAACUGGCCGCCUGCCCUAGAGGGCUCAAAUGUGGCCAGACCUUUGAAAACGAGUCAAACAAGGCAUUAGCAUUAGCGUUUUUUGCCGCCCCCUGGAAAGUGCUGCCCAAGGCAAAUGCCAUUUUUCGCCUCGCGGUAGAUACAGCCCUGGGUACGCGUAACCUAUAGGUGUGCGCACCACAGGGGAUAUGCCAAAAGCUGGCCGGUAGGUCAUCUUAGGACACCCCCAAAAGGCGGCUUGAAUAAAAAAUAAUUCAUAAACAAUAACGUGAGAGAAUGUGUCUGUCAGUGUGUGUCAGAUCAAUGAAUGUGUCUGUCAGUGAGUGUGUAAAAUCAAUGUGUCUUUUAGUGUGUGUGUGUCAGUUUCUUCUGUAAAUGUGUGUCAGUUUCCCUGUGUCUUGGUGUACUCUCUGUAAUUGUGUGCGUCAGUGUCCUCUGUGUGUGUGUGUGUCAGUGUCCUGUGUGUGUGCAUGCGCCAGUAUCCUUUUGUAUGUAACUAUGUGUGUAAUAUUAAUUUAAUUUUGGGACUUUUAUACUUCAUAUAAAAGUAGCUUAAUAGUUCAUACUCUCAACCUCCCUUACAUCCACAAUAUUCACAUUAUGUCAUUUAUUUUAAAAAUAUUCUUUACUACCGCUAAUCAGUCUUGUUCUCCAAUAUGGGAUUAAUUUAAAUAUCAGUAUCUACACAUUUCAUUUGGAAUUUAAAUCAAUAGAAAUUACUCUCUCAAGGCAGGUUUUGUUUUUAGACUUCCAAGGGUACUUCUCCUCUUUAAAAGGUUGAGAAACCCUGCCAUACAGGACCAGGCAGUGGAGUGGCAUUGUAAUCACAAUUGUCCUACGAACACCACAUAGAACUUUCACAACUGCCAAUACAUGGUAUUGAAUAAAACACAAAAAAGCCACAUGUCAAAGUAAUGUUUAUUCCAACAUCUAAGAAGUCUUGCUCGGCUUUAUAAAGACCACAUUUCUGGUAAAUCGAUAAAGGGUUUUACAGCAUCAUAGAUUUUUUUUUUUAAAUUUUUUUUUGUGUGUGUGUUUUGAACGGCGUCUAGUCUAAAGAGCACCUGCAGGUAAAGAAACUAGUUUAUUAGUAUUCCACGUUGCAGUGUGAACCUAAUUUUCUAGUCUUCUGUACCUUCAGAUAACGUGGCCAAUUAUAUAUAUAUAUUUUUUUUAAUUAAAUUGUCUGGUGCAACUGAUAUUUUUAUGUAGCAAAAUCUUUAGUUAUUGGUAGAAUGAAGAGGGCUCUAUUCCCAUGCUAUAAAUAUUUAUCUGUCUGCACCGUAUAUUACAUCCUGCAUAUAUCACUAGAACGCAUAGGCAAGCAAGACAUUGUGGGAUGCUGCAUGCCACAUUGAUGAGCAAGUAUGUACGCACCCUGUACUAUUGCUAUAUUCGUAGUUAUUAACACAAAAACACAAAUGUAAAGGUUGAAGUGGAAAUAUUUUGCAUAAGAUUUAAUGUAUACAUUUGCUGGCAAUCGGAUAAGUUGUCAAUUAUAUUAUUUUGGGUUUUGUGUUUUUGUUGACAAGUUUGCAUUGAAAAUAAUUUUGCAAUUUUCCCACUACUUUUUCAGGUCAUUCAGAUUCCAACCUAGAGGCACCGCCGUUGGAGAUGAGGUCAUCAGAAGAGCAAGCAGCCACAACAGUGUUGCAGAGAUUGCUGCAGGAGCAGCUUCGUUACGGAAAUCCUAAUGAAAAUCGCAACCUAUUGGCCUUGCACCAACAAGCCACGGCGAAUGUGCCUCCAUAUGGUGGUGGCCAAGGGUCACAGAACGAAGGAGUGACCUCUCAGGAUCCCCAGCUGAAUCCACAUGCAGCCCGCCAGGAGCCUCAAGGGCAGGAGAUCCAGGUGGAGAACAUGAUGGAGAAACAGAUGCCAAUAAGAUCUCAAAACAGUGAAGAUCUUCCAAGUUAUGAGGAGGCCAAGGUCCAGUCACAAUACUUCCGAGGGCAGCCACACGCAAGUGUUGGUGCUGCAUUCUAUGUGACUGGAGUUACCAAUCCAAAAAUGAGGACUGAGGGUCGACCCACUGUCCAAAGGGUGAGUCCUGGGAAAGUUCAUCAGGAUGAUGGGUUGAAGGACCUCAAACAGGGCCAUGUUCGGUCCCUAAGUGAAAGACUAAUGCAACUUUCAUUGGCAACAAGUGGGGUGAAAGCACAUGCACCUGUCACCAGUGCGCCACUUUCUCCACAGCCUGGUGACUUCUACAAGAAUCCUGGAUCCAAUGAAAUAUACAGGAAUCACUCACAGAGUGGGGGGCAGAAGGUGAUGGAACACAGGGGGCCUCCACCUGAUUACCCAUACAAAAAUAUUUCCACUCUUCCCUCACAAGGAAAAUCAAAGGAAUUUGGACAUCAUUAUGGAGACCACAGAAACAACCAGCAGAACCGCUCAGAUGGCCCUAUGGUUCGAUACCAACCACCUCCGGAAUAUGGAGCUCCCAGGUAGGUCAUGACAUUCUUGUGGUUUAUUUGUAUUCUGUUCAGUAAUAUGGAAUCUGCAAGUUUUUAGCAUAUGUGCAUUUGGAAGAAGUGUGAAAAGAAAGAUAUGACAAUAGUUACAAAUUGUCUAGUUAUUUAUUGAAAAGGCUGAAAGGUAACUUUGCAGAUGAUAUCUGGAAUAUUUGCAGUUUAUUACUGAUUUCAUCUUUCAUUAAUCUAAAUACUGUUUAUUGUUUUGGUAAUAGUGCAAGGAUCCUUUGGUGUCAUGAACUGACCUCUUGUCAAAUUGUUUGUGUGGUUUCACAAAAAACGCGACUCACUCUGCAACCAAAGUUUGACCUGCCGAUGUGGUAGUGUUAAACUAGUGUAACAUCAAAGGUAGUCUGUGAGAAAUGUAGUAGUUAUGGUGAUUUUAGAGUCCUAAUAAUUAAUAACUCUGUUUCACGGUUGUGAUGUGUACAUUUACAUGUAUGAUGUGUUCUUGCAAAACAAAAAAAACAGGGUUAUUGACUAAAUUGUGAAAUUCUGAAUGAAUUCAAAAUGAUAAAUAUCAAAUUAUUUUUAUUUAAAAAAAAUAAAAUUUGUGUUUUAUUAGAGUUAUACACUUUGUAUACAUAUAUGGCAAUAUAUGUAAGAAGUAAACAAUUGAAGAAUACUUUAAGCCUAAGAAAGGAGCAACAAACAAAGUUAUGGCUUAGCCAUGUUAUCAAACAGCAAUGAAGCCUGAGAAAGAAAAAAAAAAAAAGGGAAAAUUGGCUUAUUGAAAAGUGAACUAAGGCAUCAGUGGUAUUUCUAAUACUGUCCCUGGUGUCAGGCAAAUGUUGCUAGGCCAGGUUGCCCCGUAGGACCGCUCGCUCUGGGGCCUUGUUCUUGUGCGGGACAUCCACUCGGUUUGUCUCCUCUGGUAUGCUGGCGGCCGGUUUGUGAAAGAGCGCCUCUGGAUUAUCAGAGGAGGACAGGGUGAGUGUUUCAGUGCCGUGUGUGACAGCGAGAGAGUCCUCUGCAUUCUAGUGGUAUUUGACUGAGCAGUCUCGAAGCUUCCUACUAAUUGGUGCCAACUGUCUUUUUUUCCUGCGAGGACAGAGAAGGGAAGGUCGCUGUAAAUGGAGUCAGUAUGACCCUCAAAAUGCACUGCUCCCAUGUUUCUGGAUUUGCUCAUUAUAGCGGUCCUCACUGCAAUGUCUCUGGUUGUCGUAAUAAUGUUUCUAGGUGCGUCUGCUGAUUUAUGUACUUGAAAAGCGGCCAGAAUAUAUGGGGUGUCUGUAGUAUUUUGAAUACUCAUUGAGGCAAUCAGUCUUUGAACGUAUGACUAUGUCCCCUCCCUCCACCUGUUCAGGUAUCCCUCUUAGGCGUACAUUGCGAGGCGCCGGUGUCGAGACUCCAAUGUGAGCACCAUCUUGUGUAGCUGUUUAACUUGUGUGGUGAGACCCUCUACUUGCUGCUUAGUUGCCUGAAGUUGAGUGACCUGUGUCCAGUUCUCUUUCUUACACGGCUUCCGCUUUUUGUUGCAGUACCUUUAUGUCGGCUCAUGUUUCCUGUAGGCCUGACUUCCACACUUUUCUCAGCUCUACCAGCAAUCGUUUGAUAUCUUCCUUUGUAGAUGGGAAUGAGUCCUCAUCUGAUUCAACUCUUUGAUACACUCCUGCUGGGUGCGGUGAGAUACAUAAUUCCUCCUCCUCAGGGGAAUCAUUAAAGGCGUCUUGUAUACUGUGGAGUACAGGUGCCAUAUUGGUGAGUAGUGGCGGAAGGGUUCUCUCAAAGGACAGCCUUAUGUCCUGUGAUGUUAGCCUCUCCGUCUGACAUUGCCGUUUGUGCUUGCGCCCCAUGUCUUCUGUGGUCAUUAGCGUUGCCGGGAUCACAGUCACCAGCGGGGUGGGAGGAGGUCUGGCGGUGUCUACACAGGAUGGCAAUCCCCUGAGCAGAAGGAUCGGCUGCCUCCCGUCUGCUUGCGUGUAGUAGGCCGUGGCUCUUACUGUGACCGUAGACGCUCUCGUCUGCACUCCUAUUGCGGAUCGAGGUGGUCUGUGGAGUGUUCCCCAACCUCUAGUGUGUGAUCCGAUCGUGGGGCAGCCCGGUCAGGUCAGCAAAAACUCCUUUAUUGUCGCGGUUCAGCCGGAGCUCUAGCGAGGUGCAUCUGCGUGGCUCUGCAGUUAGGCUCCGCCCCGAAUAUAAAAUUUUAGACCAAAAUAUCAAAACUGGGGAAAAAAUCUCCAGUUCAGCUAUGUUUUCAGAGUCCUAUUUUUUUACCUAAAAUUUACAGUUUUAAUCACCUUUGUGUAAAAGCAACACUAGUGUGGCUCUCUGGGAAAGGUGAUCUGGGGAUUUAGUGAUUAAAAAGAUACCUAAUUUACCUUGGUCUAUUUGAAUGCUUAGUAUGUACAUAGGCUGACCAUACAAUGAUUUUAAUUAGUGACAAUUAUAAUAAAUACAUGCUUUGUGGUUGUAAUCUGUAAAAAUAUAGAAGACCUUGGCCUCACACAGCCCUAAAAUACACUCAUAUUGAUAAAAUACAUGUACACAGUGUCCCCUUGCAACUUCUGAAUCCCUCUUGUGUCUUAUGGGAUGGAGACCGUUGUAGAUCAUAAGUCAUGCUUUGAUGCUGUACUGUUUCUGAAAAAAUGUCCCAGUGAACAGGGCCGCAUCAUUGCAUUGUUACAGCCUGGCAGGACUCUUGGAGAUUAGCUGUGAAAGUUUUCUGCAUAAUAAAUGUUACAGAGAAUGAUCUAAUGAUGAACGCAUCCUAAAUAUUCUGUUUCAGACUGGUGAAUGCAGAAUUGCAGGGCAGAACACGUUUGUCUCGCCCAGGCUGGGGGAAAUAAAAGGCGACUGAUUACCAUAGUCUUUGAACUUAAUGAUACAAUAAUGUUGUAAAUCCAAGGCUUAACGUUCGAUGACAUCUAAUGGGUCAUGUUUUAAAGUCAGAGAACACAGAAUAGGCUAAAACAAUAUUAAAGGCCCGUCCCUCAAUACCAUCGAAUGAAAUGGGUUUAUGGGUGGACCAUGGAUAGAAAAGAGGUAGUAAUUUGUGAAAAAAUGGGUGAAUCAGUUUUGCCUGAAUGUUGGUGUAUCUCUAAAUAAGCCUUGCCCCUAUUUGGUCCUCAUGGUGCCCCUAGUAUAGUGCCAAUUAUGUCUCAUUGAAAAUGCACCCCAACUAGUCACAGGACUACAAGAAACACUUGCAUCAUGCACGUGGCCUGCAACUCCUAUAUUGAGUUAGCCAUUACUGCACAGAUGUUUAAUACUGGGUUAAUAAAUGAAAAUUUAGGUAUGUAUGUAAGAGCACUAAUUGGCUAAAUUUGUUCUGACAAUAUCUGGUCAGCUUCAUCAUGUUAAGUUAGCUAUUAAGAUAUAGAGUAAAUGGAUGAAAACUUUAAUUAUAGGUUCACUUUAAGCACCAUAAUCUCUUCAAUAAGCUUUAGUGGUUAUAGAGCUAGAGUGUUCCUUUCAUGAUGGGUCUACUUUACACAAUUAUUGCUGAUGAGAUUUACGUGAGUCAUUGAGACUUCCCCACUGUCCAAAAAAAGAGACUAUGGAUACUUUGUGUUUUCAGAAUCUGUAAAUGUGAUCAGACAUUUUUGUGGCUUUUUCUCUGUAGUUCCACACAACCUUCCAAAAAUGUGUGCGUAUAAAAAUACCUUACAACAAGAUAACUGUAUCCAACACUGCUAAAUGCUCAUAACACAAUUCCUUGGGUUUCCUGCUUUUAUCGCCAGUUGUUAUAUCUAUUGUUGUUUGGUUUUUUUUGUUUUUUUUAAAUGAAUUCAUUGAUUGUUAUUAAAGUUGUAUGAUAUCUUUGGAUUGUGUUGGAAGUCCAUUGAAGUCCAUAUGAUUAUUAAUCCGUUUUACACAGUUUUUAUUGUCUGUACAUACACAUUUAAACUUGUCUGCCGUUUAAUCCCCAAACACCCAACUGUUGAGAAUUGAAAAACCGAAUUUUAAAAUGUAAAAGAUUCUCUAACUCAUCCAUAGCGAACGCUUGGCUAUUUUAGUGUAUAUUUCCAAAUCUGUCAUAGUCAUAUCUUACCUAUUUUAUUCUACUUUUUUUUUUAAAAAUCCAGUUUCCAGUGAUUUAUAAUUGUGUGUUUAGUGAGACAUUUAGCAAUAAUCUAAAAGUUGUUGUGAUCUUAAAGGUUUCAAAUAGUUUAUUCUAUUAUUAACCCCUUAAAGACUAAAAUGUUCAUGCUACAUCAGCGUUGUCUGUGUUUCAUAUUGUAUUUCCAAUGACUAGAAUGUUGCCUGUUGAAUAGGACACAGCGAGACGUUUGUUUGUGGAAUGCAUUCCCCUACUGGUUCUAAGUGGAAAUGAGUGUGUUCUGUAUAGCAUUCUGAUUGGCUGAGACGCACAUCAGAUCAUACAAGCACAUUUGAAAAUACCUUUGUUACACAGUCAGUGAGUCAUGUUUCACUGCAGACACAGGAUUAUUACCGCUGUAAUUCUCUACAUCAAGAGACUCUUCUCUCUGGAAUGUGAUGGAACUGUAACUUACUGAUUGUCACUCAUGCAUUUAUAUUUAAUCGCCACAUUGAUAUAUUCAUACAAUUUAUUUUAUUUCCUCACAACAGAGUAAAAGUUAAUAAACAUGCCUUAAAAAAAUAUUUAAUUUCUAUAUCAGGAAGUAUUACUUUACUGAGAGGGUAGUGGGUGCAUGGAAUAGACUUCCAGCUGAAGUGGUAGAGGUUAACACAGUGAGGAAGUUUAAGCAUGCGUGGGAUAGGCAUAAGGCUAUCCUAACUAUAAGAUAAGGCCAAGGACUAAUGAAAGUAUUUAGAAAAUUGGGCAGACUAGAUUGGCCGAUUGGUUCUUAUCUGCCGUCACAUUCUAUGGUUCUAUAAAAUAAUUAUAUCUCAUAAAAAAAACACUUUGUGCAUUUUGUGUUCAUUCACAAGACGUAGACCCCACUGCUGUUGUAAUUUUAAAAAAUUUGUUCUCUAAUAAGUUUUAUUUUAAUUUUCGUCUAUGAACACACAUCAACACUGCGUACGCAAGAUGAUCUGCAGUUUGGAAUAUUGUGCUUGUGAGAAUCAUUGUUUACCCAACUGAAGAUACACUCCGUACCUGGUUUUGUUGUGUGUUUACAGAUCAUGAUUAUGCCACCUGUCAUCGCUGGAUGCACACACAGGGUUUUCAUUAUUGAAGCCAACUCAAAAACUUUAAAAGAAAAAAAGUGUUUUGUGUGAACAUUUUCUUUUAAGAUUUGCAAAGCAUUAUGGGAAUGAUAGUGGUGUGACUUUUGUGGGUGUAAUUUAUGUCUCCUGCUGUUUUAAAACUGCACUUGCUAAUUCUGGCUGCUUUGUGCGUGACUAUAGUCGGCAGUGGGAUCACCAGGGCGAUUCUGCUUCUAUGCAAGUGAAACUCUUGCUAGACUUUUGUGCGUUCAGCUAUGGCUGGGUUUCCUCUCACAAAAGUACUUCCUGCAGCUUUGACUGCCCAGCUGGAACUUCAAGACCAGACAAAAGACUUAUCUAUCAUCCUGCACAGGCUGUGUACCCAGAUUUUGCGUUGUUAACCCCUGCCGUCUAGUUCAGAUUGCAGUGGUUUUGUACGUAUAACCUUUCUCAUACUUCAGAGCAAUUUGUCUUAAUCUUUACCAUUGGAAUGAAAUGGGAGUCAUAUAAUUGCAAUAAUUGCAGCUGUACUAACCAUUCUUGAACUUGCAUAAAUGCAGAGUAUCAGUCUUUCAGGCUAUUUCAAGUAGGAAAAAGAGGGGAAAAAAGUGCAUGUAGAAAGGAUCAAAUUAAUAAACAUUAUUUAAAUGAUAUGUUACUGAAAAAUCAUCAUAACCACUAAAAACCCGCUGUAGUGGUUAUGAUGGUGGUAGUACCCUGACCCGGUUCCCCAGUAAAGAGACAAAGCAUUUAACUAAGGAUUGCCCUCUAACCUGGGUCGCUGUCGAACUCAGUCUCCUGGAGGCUGGUUGAUACAUUUCCAGCUGCCAUUCAUUGGUUGAAAGGGUGAGCCAAUAAAUUUGCACAGGAAUUAAUUUAGAGCUCUGGGCUGACUAAUGACACCCCUCGACGCUACACCCCUUGACGGAGGUGGAGUUCUAUCUCCAGCAGUCAAUGGGUUUAAACGCUGUAUUAUUAUUCAUAACUCGUCAACACAUUCUGCAGCGAGGUACGAUGGGAUUGUGCAGCAUUUCAUAGUGAAACGCCGCGCAUACAGACUCCAGGCUCCAUGACCACUUCAAAUCACUGAAAUGGUUAUGGUUCUUGGAGUAGCACUUUAAAGUGGAUCUAUGAGUUUAAUGAGGAUACAAUGCGUAUGAGAAGCUUGCGAAAGCUUACAUUAUAAAGAACUUGUAUGUAAGCCUUAAGGAUGCAGCUAAACCAUGGCAUUGUUAAUUAAAGGGACACUAUAGUCACCUGAACAACUUUAGCUUAAUGAAGCAGUUUUGGUGUAUAGAACAUGCCCCUGCAGCCUCACUGCUCAAUCCUCUGCCAUUUAGGAGUUAAAUCCCUUUGUUUAUGAACCCUCGUCACACCUCCCUGCAUGUGACUUGCACAGCCUUCCAUAAACACUUCCUGUAAAGAGAGCCCUAUUUAGGCUUUCUUUAUUGCAAGUUCUGUUUAAUUAAGAUUUUCUUAUCCCCUGCUAUGUUAAUAGCUUGCUAGACCCUGCAAGAGCCUCCUGUAUGUGAUUUAAAGUUCAAUUUAGAGAUUGAGAUACAAUUAUUUAAAGGACCACUAUAGUGCCAGGAAAACAUGCUUGUUUUCCUGGCACUAUGGUGCCCUGAGGGUGCCCCCACCCUCAGGGUCCCCCUCCCACCGGGCUAUGGGGAGAGGGAGGGGUUAAAAUCUUACCUUUCUCCAGCGCCGGGUGGAGAGCUUUCCUCCUCCUCUCCUCCUUCCUAGCGAUGUCAUCGGCUGAAUGCGCGCACAUUCAGCCAGUUCAUAGGAAAGCAUUUACAAUGCUUUCCUAUGGACGCUGGCGUCUUCUCACUGUGAUUUUCAGUGAGAAGCACGCAAGCUCCUCUAGCGGCUGUCAAUGAAACAGCCUCUAGAGGGUGAAUUAACCCUCCGUGUAAACAUAGCAGUUUCUCUGAAUGUUUCUUUAAAAAAAAAAAAAAAAAAGGGGGUUAACCCUAGCUGGACCAGGCACCCAGACCACUUCAUUAAGCUGAAGUGGUCUGGGUGCCUAUAGUGGUCCUUUAAGGUAAAUUACAUCUGUUUGAAAGUGAAACCAGUUUUUUUUUUCAUGCAGGCUCUGUCAAUCAUAGCCAGGGGAGGUGUGGCUAGGGCUCCAUAAACAGAAAAAAAGUGAUCUAACUCCUAAAUGACAGUGAAUUGAGCAGUGAAAUUGUAGGGGAAUGAUCUAUACACUAAAACUGCUUUAUUUAGCUAAAGUAAUUUUGGUGACUAUAGUGUUCCUUUAAUAUUCAGCUGCCUUGACGUGACUUUUCCCAUAAGUAUCAUUAAAAAAAAAAACAGCUGAUGAUGUGCAAUGCGCGCCUCUGGCAUCUCUCUAUGCUUUCAUAAAAAGAUCUAUGGAAGGUUCUGCUGCCUUGCAUGCUAUUCCAUAGAUCUCUACUUUGUACUGUCAUACAUGCGCAAUAGUGCAAAGUUUCCUCAGCUCUUGGCAUGGCAGGAGAAAGGAAAAAAAGAUGAUGGUGCCAAAAUAGGAAGAACUGUGUCAGUAGAGAUCCUUUUCCCUUUAACUUCCCAGGUGCCAUUAUAAAAUAUGUUAUCAGGGCCUGUAGGUAUCUUUCGAAACAAUAUAGAGUUGCCCGAAGUAACAGAUUGAUCUUAUUAACAUAAAUCAAUAGAAUGUAUCACUUUACUGCCUGGGAUGUAUUAACUGAUAAAACAGUAAUUACAUGUGUUUUGAUACAAAGAGCUUACUAUUCUUUCAAGAUGAUUUCAUCAUCAUCAUCAUGAUGUUAUAGUGUGAAGGAAAAUCCAAACCAGGAACCAACAUUUUCAAAUAAAACAAGAGAGUAUCACUUAUGCAAAUUAUCUUUAUAACUCAAAUUGAGCAGAAAGUAUUCUGUGCUGAAGCUGGGAUCCCUUAUAAGGUAUAAGCAUUGUCUGUGGCGGUGUAAGCAGGUGAGCCAUGGUAUUACCAACCAAUGUAAAUUGCAGUAUUAUGGCAUCAAGGCUUGUGAUCUAAGCAUCCAUGCUUAGUACCUGCUAUCAGUAGAGGGUUUUUUUUUUAUUAUUCAUACAGAAAUAGCCAGUCUCACACAUUACAGCAUAAUAACUUUAUACGCAACACCCUAGUUAUUUUUUCAUGCUUAUUUUGCAACAGUUUAAACACAAUACUGUGAAACACAAACCUUUUGUUACUGUUGGGAUGGAGCCUCAGUUUUGACCAGGGAGUGGAUUUCCAGGUGUUGGAGAAUCACAACCCCCAUGAUGCUUUGCCAACGUUACAGGUGAUAAAGCAACAUGGGACUUGUAGUCGUGAAACACCUAAGGAUCUACUAUUUUGGCCAGCCAUGCUCUAAAAUACAGUUAUAAUUAUAGACUGUAAGCUCGUUUGAGCAGGGCCCUCUUCAACCCUUCGUUCUUGUAAGUUUUCUUGAAAUUGUCCUAUUUUUAGUCGAAUCCCCCCUCUAAUAAUAUUGUAAAGCGCUACGGAAUCUGUUGGCGCUAUAUAAAUCGCAAUAAUAAUAAUAAUUAGUAUUAGCAAUUAAUCUACAUGUUGUCCCCUUCCUUCUGUCUGUGGAGCUUUAUUGCUCUCUCUGUCAAUCAUGUGCCCCUCUUUCCAUUGCUCUGUCUGUAGUGUCGUCCUUUCUAUACUUUGUGCUUUUUCUCUUGUACUCUCUUGUCUAUUUUAUUUCAUGUCAUUUCUAGUUUCCAUAGUUCUCCCCCUCCCCCCCAUUCUCCCCUCUUUAGCUGUAUCCCCCCUUUCACUCCUCCACAGUCAGCAGACAAGUUCAUCUAAGGUCUGCAGGUGGUAAAUGUAACUUGCGCUUUGCUGUAGUUAUGUCUAACUAACUUUCCCAUCCAAAAGGAGAAACGAAGUGUAUAUCAAGGCACUUACAUUUCUAUCUAAAAGACGUGUUUAGGAUAUUUCUACUAAACAAGCUGCUUCGCACUCUAAAGUGUAUUCUCUAACACCAAAAGUAAUAACAAUAAAUGUUAUUUUUUUUUUCUGUUAAAGAAGUAUAAAUAUUUUAAAACAUCAGAUUGUGUUUUGAACGAUUUUUAUUGCUGUGAAAAAAAACUGAACAUCUCAGAAGCAAACUGUGCUGGAAAGAAACCACUAGUAAAAAAAAAUACCCUGUUUUUGGUUCUGUUGAGGUGGGUUCUCCUACUGGAUGGGAAGGUUGUUACAAUAAAAGUUACUUAGUGGAUUGCUUAACACAACAUAAAUAAACAUUAUAUAUAUAAUAUCUCAAAAUCACCAUGACUGAAAAAAUAUAGUUUCAAUAAGAGGAUAUCGUGCUUUUAUAUAGAGAUUUCAUUGUAUUGUUCGUUAUUGUUUUAUUUAAUUAUUUUUGCUUAUAUUAAUAAAGUCUUUGCAUCAAAUUAUUGAGGACCGUUUAACUUAAUUCACCACCUGGGGUUGCAUCGCCCGACAAAUAGAUGCACUGUGAUCCUAAUUUAAGGUUCCAAAACAUGUGAGUGGUAUUAUAUAUGGUUUUUACAUUUAUUUGGUUCUAAAAUAUACUACACUAUAUUUCUUUCAUGUUGUCCUUAUCCUUGAGCAAAGAGAUACCUAUCGAGGGAGGGAAGGGGUUCCCUGCACAAGACUCCAAUAGAGAUCAAUUAGAGCCAAAAUCUAAGCUCUAAUUCAUGUGAGUUGGCAUUUAAAAGUUCUUUGACACAAAGUGUAUUUUAUUUAUAUACACAUAGUACCAUCUGCACUAUUGUGUUUUUAUCUUUUGAUUUUUUUGACUUUAUUUUUUUCGGUAUUGGUGAUUUUGGGUUUAUAUAAAUGUUUGUUUAUGUUGUCUGAAGCGCUCCACUAAUUACCUUUUUAACCUUCCCAUCUGGUAGCUACAUCCACAUCAACAGAAUCAAAAAAUUUAAUUGUUUUUUACAAUAGUUUCUAUCAGAGAUGUUCAGUUUUUCCACAGCAAUAAAAGUAUUUCAAAACGCAGUCUAAUGUUUUAAAAUACAUAUACUUAUUUAACAUAAAAAAACCUAUGUGUCUUCCCCUUUAAAAAAAAAAAUAAUAAUUUUAUUCACUUUCUAUGGCACACAAUUUUGUUUGCAUUUCUUGCAUCAUGUGAAUUCGUGCAGGACUUUAUACGCUGCAGGACAAUUUUUAAACCGGUAGUUUUAUUUUGUUUAACAUUUGUUUACAAGAGCUUGAUCUUUUAAUAAGGGCUUGUGUGAUUGGAUUUACGCUGUAAGAGAUGGUAAUUAAAAAGCAAGGCUGGGAAACCAGUCUUGUAUAUUCACAAUAUCAGGUAAAAGACAACUUUGAAUGGUGAUUAUGAGAAAGAUGACCUACAUUCUUAUUAGUGACACACAAGCAGUCACAGAUCCACCUUCUCCCAACGUGGGAAGGAAGGUUGAUGCUCUCGAUCAGCUUCAGGAGCAGUGAGAGAAUCACUCUUCACUCUACAUUUAAAGAAUUUACUUUCUUUACUUCUCGAGACAAGUGUGCGUCGGCAUAGCUUAUCUAUGAGAACAUCAGCCAUACAGCAAAACUGACUGGAAGCAUUGCGUUGAUCUGAACUGGGAUUUUAUCCUACAAAAGAUGGAAUAUAUGCGAUGAAGCAAUGCUUGGAGAAGAUGCCAAGAAGGGGGUGUUGACGCAUGGAUACUUCGAAAAAAGCUUGAUAUAUUGUGAGAUCUGUGGUUUUAAUCUGGGCCAGGUGCCUACUUUUCAUGUAUGUACAGUGUUCUAUGCAUAUUGUUUAUAUUGAGCUAUUUUCUGUAUGUAGGAAUAAUUUGUGUUUUUUAUAGAAUAUGUUAUAAAAUGUAUUUGUACACCUUGUUAAUAUUGUUCAAAGAAUGAAGUAGUCCUGUUUAUCUGGGUAUAAGUAUUGGAUCUAUAAAAUAUAAAUCUGCAACAAUUGCACUAAAACCAGUGCAUGCAGCGUGACUGUGUUUGUAUGUAACAUGUAGGAAUUUGGUUUUUAUUGUCCGGAUUGUGUAAUUAGUAACAUAUUUUGAAUGUAAGCAAGGGAAGGUUUGUGUUAAAAUAUCUCCACACAUGUAAGAUGUGUAUACUAAAAAGCAGUUGUUCCCCUAGGUAGACUACAACUCUCAUUAUGCUCUGCUAGCUUCAAACACCUUGGGGUGUGUGGGGAAGUUGGCUACCCAUUUUUUAAACCAAAGGUGGCAACAUAUUUUAUGGCUUUAGCAAAGAUACGGCAUGCGCUUUUAUUGCAUUCAGCAUAGUUGUUAAAUGACUUAGCAUUUCUUGUUUGUUUUAAAUGUUUUAUCAAUGUACUUUGUCUUCCACAGGCAAAACCAGGAUGUACAGCCACAAUUCCAACAGCGAUCCUCAUCGCACUACCACAGUCCCACCUCUUCUCUUACAUCUUUGGGAUCUAUGAGCCUUCUUCAAUCUCCUCCUCCAUCAGGCAUGUCUCCUUCUCAGCACCAGCAGCUGCCAUCCCCGAGUCAUGUGGACUUCUUUGGUGGGCCACCACGAUCUCAGCAUGUACCCAUGUCCAAUCAGUACCACCAAGGAGACUAUUACCGCUUGUCUCAGCCUUACAUGGGACAGCAACAACAAAUGCAGCAACAGCAACAACCACCACCACAGAUGGACCCAAAUCUGUCAAGACCUCCCCAGUUGCCUUCACCUUUUUCUCCGAUGCAAGGUGACCCCUUUGCCAUUGUGUCUCGUGCACAACAAAUGGUCGCUGUUUUGUCUGAGGAGAACCGGUCUUUGCGGCAAGAGUUGGAAGGAUGCUAUGACAAAGUCGCAAGAUUUCAAAAAGUAUGUUUUGCCUUCUUAUUUUUUAAUGUUUGGAAAUUAAAAGACACUUUACUAAGGGACAGUGUUUUUCUGUAGAGAACAUCCAUUGUAGCAUUAACAAGGCAAGGUUCCAAAAUCUAAUGAGUUCAACUAUGUUUGAUGUAGUUCUUAUCCAAUAGCAGAAGAGCCUCCAAUCCGUGUGAUAACUAGGCAAACAUCGUGAAAGCUAUAGCCAUUUCAGCUCUGACAAUGGGCAUCUGCCAUAUUUGUAUCCAACAGUUUUUUUUAAUGAAGAAUAUUUUUUUAAGUACUUUGAUUGUCUGUGUGGAACAACGCAUAUGUUUCUUUCAUGUCCUUAUCUGAUCUUUGCUCCGUAAGAACACUCUAUUGAGAUUUUAUAUUGCUGUCAUUUAUUCCUUUGUCCUGUUGGCCUCUGUGGCUAUACGUUGGUUGUGUUUGCAGAUUUGGCCAACUUAUUUUGACUGGCCGCCAACUAUUAUACACAAGUACCUUCAUUGUUUCUUUGAUCUGUACAUUUCAGGAGGUAAUGUAUUAUUUUAUUUUCUGCAUAACUCUGUUGUACUGCAUUGUGUAAGGUAGCAUAUUACUUUUCAUUUAGGGAGGGAACAGGUGCAGGGUGUUUAUUACAGAGGGAGUGUAUAAUUGGCCGUAUGCCUGCUGACUCUGCUUUGUCUGUUUUUAAGAUGGAAAUGGAAAUUCAGAGAGUUUCCGAAGCGUACGAGAAUCUUGUCAAAUCUUCCUCCAAGAGAGAGACGUUGGAAAAAGCCAUGAGAACUAAACUAGAGGGUGAGAUCCGGAGGAUUCAUGACUUUAACAGAGACCUCAGAGGUACUACUUUUAUUUACACAAUGAUAAAAUUCCUUUUGUUUUAAUUGUUUGCAGAAAUAAUAACUGCAUAGUUUUCUUUAUCCAAUUCAAAAUAAACCCUGUAUGCUAAUCUCUUGAACAUUAUUUUUCUUAGAGAUUUUUAUUUUGAUUAUUUUCAUGAUGAAUUUAAGUACAGUUCAUCGUAUUGACAUUUAGGGCACACGUGUAAAUUGCCAAGAUUGCAUUUUGGGAGGUUGUGGCCAGAUGCAUGCUUGGGAAAAAAAUGGCCUCUUCACAAGAAGUGCUAACAGAGUUGAUAAACUGUUGAGUUCAUAAAUAUAUUGCACAUUUGAGGCAAGUAGCUGGAAACAUAUCUCACACACCUAAUUAGUCAAUUUGACUAAUUUGGCCAAAAUGUUCAAAUCCACAAGUGAAUUUCAGGCAAGCCAUGGCUGAAUGAAUAACUGUGUUAACUUUUUUGUAGAACUGAGGAAGAAACUGCAAAUUUUUGAAAAUUUCUCCUAUUUUACCUAAAAAAACAACAAGUUACCUGCGCUCUCUCCUUAAUCCCUAUGUAUUUUUAAACAAAUGGAGGCUUUUUAGUUACCUCCAAUGGCCAUGAGAAGAUAAGCCCAUCUGCCAAUGUCAAGGCAGACCCCCCUAGGUGGGUCCUAACUCUAACCAUUCACCCUGUUUCCUUGAGCUUCUGGCAAAGGCCUCCAAUAAAACAGAAAGGGGUAUCUUUUAUAUACACCCCUAUAUAUUAUUAACCCUUAAUAGGGAACACAUGGGAUGGCCGCCCAGUGAUGGGAAUGAGCGCAGGACUUAUCUUUCUGCAUUUGCUCCUAUUUGACCUAUUUAUUAUUUUGGCCUAAAAUUGCUGUUACCUUGUCAGUUCUCAACAUUAUCCAUUCUAGUCAAUAACUGUGACAAUCUUUGGAGUGGUGAGGAAGACAAUGAAACAGGAAAUGCUAGGUUCUGCAAAUAGCAUUUUAGUGGAACCAUUUGAAGGCAGAAUAAUAGAAUUUGGAAGAAUAAUCAAUUCAUUGGAGCGUAUUUGCACAGACUUUAAGCCAUUGAGUUUUAGAGCAGUAUAACUUUCACUCAGAUAUUUGUGCCAUUUGUAAACGUAUCUACCUUUUACAUUUAUCCCUUUCUCUACAUUUUUUAUUUCUUUAUGGGUAUCAACAUGGCAUGCGUUUUGGAAGUUUGGGGUUAAUUAUUAAUAUGACACUACAGUUCAGGUAUCCUGCCCAGACCAGUUUUCUGUAUAAUGCUGGGAGUUUUCACAGUUGAACUAUUCCUAUGGGUGUCGAUAAAUUCCAACCCACUCACAAAAACGAAGCAUCCUACUUAGGAAUGACAUGCAUCAUGAACUGUGUUCUACUACCCAAGACGCAUUUCCACAGCUUGUUAACUCAGAUUUAACAGAUUUUGUAGUGUAGUAUAUGGACAAAUGGGUAUUCGGUUAACAGCGAUAAGUCUUCCAGCCAUUCUAAGUAAACUGGUUCUCUCAGUCUUUUUCAUGUGCAGCCAAGUUAUCGUGAAUAUCAGAUUCUAGGGUUUACUAGAGUAAUAAAUCGACAACUGAAUUGCAAAAGAAUCACGUUUAUGAAAAUUUCUACAAUGUAGCAGUUUCCCCUAAUCUUCCGUUUUCACCUACAUUUGUCUUUUAGCUUUCUUUUCUACUAACAUUAUUCAGGCACCAAACCACUAGAAUUUGAUGUUAUUACAGCCUUGCCACCCCCACAUUUUAAGAAGUCAAACCGUUUUCGAAUAGUUUGACUUCUUACCCUUGAUCCAACGGGCGCUGGCCACCUCCACUACCUUGUCCAGAGUAACGGAAGUUCCCCAGCAAGAACUUUCAGUAGCUCUCAAUGCAGGGCAUAGGUCAUUGGCUGAGAUCACUAGUUGACCGCAUUGCAGUGCAGUCAACUAGUACUAACAGAAUAUCCUCCUACAGCCAUGGCAGUGAAGGUGCAAGCACCCGUGGAGCUUAGGUAAGAAGUCAAACCAUUUGAAAACAGUUUGACCCUUACAAUAACGGGGCACCAGAGCACUCAUUGCACCAUAACCACAACAGUAAACUGUAGUUGUUAUGGUGCCUGGAGUGUUCCUUUAGUGUGGGCAAAACAUUUAGUUUAUCAAUUCAUGUGAUUUGUGCAUUAGAUGAAGGUCAUUUUGGAGAUUCCAAUUAGUUUGUGCAGUCUCUAAGCCCUGUGUAUGUGCGUCUGCGUACUUUCUAAGGUGUGUUUUAGGCUCAAUAUUAAUUAUUUCAUAGAUGUAAAACUUGCUGUAUUGUUUCUAUCUAGAACGCAUGGACACAGCCAAUAAGCAGCUUGCAAAAAAUGAAUUUGAGGGCUCAGAAGACAACCGCAAAACGAUAUCCCAGCUUCUAUCACAGAGUGAGUUAUUUGAUAUGUAGAUAAGGCUUUUCUCCUGAAUUUCUGUUUUACACUGUGUAUUUCUGGUCCUCACGGAUUAUAUGGUAAACCAUCAUAGGCUAAUGAUUUAUGUUUAGAGGUACACACCGAGCUCCAUGACCAACCAUGUUCCUUACUCAGGAUUUCAGAGAGUGUGUUGCCUAUCCUAGUUAUUCAAUGCAUCUGAAUUGUCAAAUCUCUGCAUGGGUAUGGAGGGCAAAUCUGUAGUGACGUUUACAGUUUCUCUCAUAGCUUUUUGUGUGAGCAAUUGCCUGUGCAGCAGCUGUAUGCGGCCUGACUGUGAGUAGCUUCCUUCAUGAAAAACCAUGAAUGAAGCAAACCAGAUCGAAAACAAAAGCAGUACUGAAGCCUCUGUUAGCUUGCUGAAUAGUUUCAUGGAUAUUUUUGUCAAUGAAACUACUAAAUAUUAUGUCCCAAUAUCUGCAUGUCCUGGCUUAAAAUUUUCCUUGCAGGAGAAUGCACUUCGCUACACUAUGCAUGCUGAAUAGGGCGAUGCAGGGCCACACACAUUGUUUGAGAGCAUCAACUCUUUGAUAGACAUAGCGCAAUCCUGAGGAGAGACAAUUCCCAUUUGAGCACAAUAAAUAUAUAUAUAAUUUGUCAGUUAUUUUUAUUUCUUAAAUUACUGACUCUUUUUGGGAAUUCUAUAUUUGUAUAACAAGUUCCACACCCAGUGGGUCAGAAAAAGGAGCUACCUCGUAGAAACCGAAACAUGAGAAAAAAAUAAAAAUGAAUUCAACAAAAAUAUGGUGGAGCCAUAGCAACAAGAAAUCUUUACAAAAAAUAUAGAAUCGGGUCAAGGCGACACUAGACAAACUCCGCUUUAUCAGUGAUGUCGUCUUUAAAGGAUCACUAUAGUGUCAGGAAAACAAAACGGUUCCCUCAUGAACCCCCUCCCAUGGCGCUGAAGGGGUUAAAACCCCUUCAGCAGCUUACCUUAUUCCAGCGCCGGGCUCCCUUGGCGCUGGUGACCUCUCCUCCCCUGCCAACGUCAGCUCCUGAGUGGAGCGGAAUGUGCAUGCACGGCAAGUGCCGCGUGCGCAUUCAAACAGUCCAUAAAAAAGCAUUUCUCAAUGAUUUCCUAUGGACGCUCUGCGUGAUGCAAAUUCCCAUCCACAGCCUAAUUACUAUUAGAAAUAUACUUGAUUUUGCAAUUUGACCUCAUUGAACUAGUGGAGUCACUCUCCCUGCCUGUCUGUAGGUCACUCUUACUGUCAAAAUGACUGUUCAUUGAGCCACAGUUACAGUGAUUAAGACAUCACGGAACUUGAUUGUUAAUGCUUGGGAUAAUAACUAUGAUAAAUAACUUUUAAAAACUUUUAAUUGUGUUUUCCCUUUCACAUAAAUAUAUUAAAGGGAAAUUAUAUUCCCCUAGAAAUGAUCAGUAAGCAACAUUUUGUAAUCUGUAUAUUCUAUAAUCACCUGGUUUUGUGAUGGAUAUUGUCACAAUUCUCUGUAGAGUUGAGUACUUCCGAAAAAAUAGGUUAAGGGAAUGAAACCUGGAACCCUUCUUGUAGACUAAAAUUGAAAUUGAAUUAAAUAAACCAUUUGGUCUUUUUAUUACACCAUUUGGUCUUUUUUUCCCAUGCGCUACGCAACUACUAAUCUUGUAGAUUGUUCAUCACUUUAUAAAGUUGUUGUUAUUUUUUUUAUUUUUUUUAUUUAACAGCAUGUGAGUUGAGGCAGUAGAACAAGAUGGAUGCCCCCUAUAGCUUUAUUUGGUAGUUUUAACCAAAGAAUAUCAGAAGGUUUCAUCGAAUAACAAAGGAAAAGUAAAGUGAUGUGAAGCCAGACAGGCCUACUUAAAAAGCAAUCUAAUGGUUAAAAACCAAAAAAGAGGUGCCCUCAUAGUUCUAAAUAUAAAAUUUUGUAGAAAGUUAUGAGGCAAGUUACAACUUUAAUAAAAGUGGCUAUAGGGAUUUGACACACAACAGUUUUUUUGUGAAUAUGUAGAGAAAAUAGUCACUUGCUACAUUUACAAUUCCCUUGUCAGUUCUCUACAGUUUUCAGUUUUGUGAAUAAGGCAUGUCUGUGUCAGUACUUUUUUUUCUGUCUUUUUUUGGCAUUUGAAAUAUUGGUAGGUAGAGUGUGAAUAAAUAUAGCAGAUAUCUGUGCGGGCGGCAACACUCAGUUCAGUCUUGUUUUCUUGCAAUCCUUGCACUCACUCCAAGCUAUUCCACAACCUUGGCUGUUGGAAUGUUGCUGUACUGGUCUGACAGUUGUUGGGUGUUAAUGGCUUCAGGGAUUCUUGUUACGUCAUUUUGUUGUUUUAUUGUUACUGUUGCACUUGUAGCUAAGCAUGAAGUGUGUUCUACACUACAACUAUCCCACUCCUGUCACUUUCCAUGAUCCUUUUAAAGUCUCAAGUACACUAAUUAAAGAGUCAUGUUUAAGGUGUUAAAUAGCAUUUAUGGAUGUUUUACAAAGAAAAGCAAAAAUCUUUUAUCUGAUUUUUAUUUGUGUUUUAGAACAUUGUUUUGGAUAAGGUGUUGUCUAUAUUUUAUUAUUUUAUAGUAAGUUUUUACUUUUUUGUUUUUUCUUUUUUAAAGUAUUUUUUCAGUAAUUUUAGGUAAAUACUGCACGUUAUUUAAUUAUGUUCAUAAUAUUUUUUGUAAUGUACCGCUUCCUAUUUUGUUUACUCCUUUUUUUUUUUUAACUGAGGUAGGAAUCAGGGGCAGGGAGAGUUAUUUAUUUCAUAAAUGUAAAAUUGGUAAAACGUGCUAUAUUAUUUCUCUGUAGAACGCAUGGAGACAGCCAAUAAGCAGCUUGCAACAGAGGAAUUUGAGGGCAAGAGGUUUAGAUCAAAGUCGUAUUUGCUUUCUGCUGGUGACUAGUGUAUAUGUAUAUAAAAAAGUUAAAGAUAUGCGUAUAUCUGUUGUAACUGGUACAUAGGAAUGAAGAUUGAACAUUUUUAUUAAACCAGUAUAUUCUAGUGGCUUAACAGUCAGUUAUUUAUUGUCUGUUUCAUACACAUAGGAACUUUAUGAAUUUACAGUCUUUUAGAUGAUCGGGGGCCUGUGUCAGGAUACCCACCUCUAGUCUGCAUCAUUUACCAACCCCCUGUGAUGCUGUGCGCCGUUUCAGCAUCGCCCUUUAAGUGGAACACUCUGUUUAUCACAAUAAUGAUGCAGUGCAGCAUUCCAUGGUCAAAAAUGACGUGACCUGUCUUUCUACGAUACAGCACCAUAAUAAUGAUGCUGAGUGUCAUUUCAGCAUUAAAAAUGACGCAGUGCGCUGAAUCCGAACUACUUUGUAUAGCCUGAAUGAUGGAAGUCUGGUGUAAUUUUAAUGUCGCGCUUCUACAGCGUCACAUCUAAAUUUGGUUUAGAUCCCCAAUUCCAGCUCGACUACAAUACAGUGCUAAAUAUAUAGAAGAAGAACCUUAAUGCCUUUUUCUCAGUGACCUUACCCUUGCAAUGGUUGAUUAUUUUAUCACGAUGUGUAUCAUGGUGCAAACGGACAGAGCCCAUAUUCUUAUACAUAAUACAUUUUGCAGUCAUGGUUUUCUCCAGGAUUAAUUGUGAAUACAGUUUGAUUUUCCUGGAGCUUUUAUAAGAAAUAUGUUGUUGGCUCUUCAGUUAAACUGUAGAUUAUUUAUUUGUUGUUUUUUUUUUUUUUUUGGUGGGUUGGACCAUUAUGAUUUUGUGACGUUUCCGCCCUGAAUAAUAAUAAUCCGUAUUAAUAUAUUCUCCUGGGAACAUGCUGACCUUUCAUGGGAAAUUUGGGGAAUGUUCCCAGUCUGAUGAUGGCAUCAGUGAAGUGAGACUUCUCCCAAACCGGCAUGUCCCCGACUAGAAUCCUGUUAUUUCUCAGCAUUACGAUAGGGGUACACCCAUCUCUCAGGAACACACCCAGAUGGUUUUUUUUAUGCAUAGUUUUGAAGAAAGAGAUGAUGGUUUUAAUUACUAUUUAAUUGAGUGAGUCACAGCAUGGGCACCAGUGCAAAGUGAGAGUCUCUAAAUGAACAAUGACAUCCAUUUAAAUAAAAAUUACGGCUGCUAUGAAAUAAUGUUGCUGCCCAAGAAACAUCAGUAAAUGGAGGCGUCUACAGAAUUCUAGAUCGAUGCUAAUCAGGAAGUGGACCUCCAGCUGAUUGUAAACCAGAGUUCCCAUGAACCUUUGCAGGCCAAUUGCAAUAAAUGGGAGAUGGAGUCAUCAGGAUUCUAGUAAAAAAUACCUUAGUCCUAUUUUCCUGUAUACGUCUAACUAGAAAAGCAUCCUCCAUUAAGUUAAGUCCCAACAGCUAGAGUGUUGCAUGUUUUACUACUUACCUGCUAGACUCUUCUACUUAGAAACAACGGCUAAGAGCACAUAAAAUGUAUGAUCUGCCCAUUAUGGGAAUAUUCGAAGAUAAGCUUUGUUUCAUACAGAGUGCUCUUGAAUACGUAUACUUUGUUUAGUUUUCAUUUCCGAGGCAUCUACUCCCCUUUCUAAAAAACGGUGUUUCUCACAUCACCGUUCAGUCUUCCCCUUUUCCUUAUUCAGAUCAUGCGCUCGUGUAACUUAUCCUUUAUUCCUUGCUUCUCUGGGAACAUUGCCACGGACGUUACUUCACGCUAGUGAAAUCCACUGCUUCUUUAAUAAAACUGACUUUACUCACAUCUGUUAAAAAUGGCAAACGUUUAAAAAGAAAAUGGCACGUUCUGAUAAUCAACAAGGCUAUUUAAAAAAUAAAUAUAAACCAGUAGACAAAUACACACUUAUUCAAAAGAAUUUAUUGGAAAACAGUAUGACUAUAAAGCUUUAAAAUGGAUACACCGCAUUCUGCAUUUGAUCUUACUAGUGAUAUUAAGAGCUGUAAUGAUUGUUUGCAUACCUUUUAACAUUAAGAAGUGUGUUAAAGUGAGAGGAGGGACAGAGACGUAGUGGCUGGAUGUGUACAUCCCAUAAAGGUGGCAUGUCAAUCUGGCUUUCAUUAAUGUUGGACUGACUGGCACCCCAGUUGGCUAAACCCCAAAGGCAGCAUGGGGGAAUGCAUGGGCAGAAAUGAAGGCAUGUUAUGAGGUUUCUGUGUUGGACUUUCUGGACACAUGUUAUUAACAUCACCAAAAUUUGGACAACCAGAGAGUUCUCCAGGGUUAGCUGGACAUGAUCUAUCUAUGGAGUGAAUGGAGAACACAGGCUACUCUCCAAGAUUCCGAUGGUGUAAGUUUUAUUCAAGGGUAAACAACCCCACCAAACAAUGCUACAUUUUGGCUCCCAAGAGCCUUCAUCAUGCCGAAACAUUGCAUGGUUUGGUGGGGUGGAUUAUCUUUGAACAAAUUUACACCAUCUGAAUCUUGGAGAGUAGCCUGUGUUUUCUAUUUUCUCCAUUGCUCAGGUUGGAUUUACACGGAGCACCUCCUUGACUGAUGGCCGACUUGUAGGGCGUAACGUGUGCAGAUUUACUUGUUUCUGACAUAUUGCGUGUCCUUCCCAAUUCAGGACAAUUGGGAGAUGCAUACAGGCAUAUUUACCAAAGGGAAAAUUUAAAGGAACACUCCGGUCAUAAUAGCAACUUAAUCGAAAUGUUGUUGUUAUGGUGCACAGAGGCCCAUGGGCCCUUUCUUACCUAAAGGUUGCCUCCAGUGCCACAACUCCAGUUCCCCCAGCGGCAUCCGGGUUCUAAAAUUGAGUUUCAGGAAGAGCGGAGUGCCACUGGGCACUGACGUCGCUUCUUGGCUAGAACGAUCAGCUGACACUCUAUGCCAAUUUGGAGCAUAAUAAAAAAAAUGUAUGAUUUGGCGUAGAACAUCAGCUGACUGCUCUAGCCAAUCAUUGGCACCGGGUGCUUCUGGGGCAAAUGGAGAUCCAGCACUGGAGUCAACCUUUGGGGUUAAACCAUUCGACAACGGUUUAAUCAUUACAGAUAAGAAAGCGCCCUGGGACCUUUUGGCACCAUAACAACUUAAAUUCUAUUAAGUUGCUGUGGUGAUCGGAGUGUGCCUUUAAAGUGAAUUCAAAGUGGUUUUCAAGACCAAAGUAGCUGAACUGAAAGCAAAGCUAACUUAGAGAAUUUUUCCACUUCAGCUUUAAUUCUCACUUUAGCACCCUUCUAGUUAUUAUAAUGGGAGUAUCUCCAUCCUGUAAGUUAUUUAUUUGUUUUGUUGAACAUUUUGACAUAUAAACUGCAUCAUUAAACUUGAAAUAAAAGUGCCUUUUGAGAGCUGUUCACCGUUUAAAUAACUAUUCCCUUUCUGCUCUUAGAUAAGGAUAUCCAGAGGGAGAAGGACAAGCUGGAGAUGGAGCUUGCCUCUUUACGCUCCACUAACGAAGACCAAAGGAGACAUAUUGAAAUUCGGGAUCAGGCCCUAAACAAUGCACAGGCCAAGGUGGUCAAGCUGGAAGAGGAAGUGAGUAUUUUUUAAGCUUCUGUGAGCUUGGAGAUUCACGCGUUUUGUAUAUUUAAUGUGAAAUGUAAAUCUUUAUACCUUAUUAUCCUUUCUGUGAAGUUUUCUAAAUUUAGGCCAAAAUACCUACGUUAUCAAUAUAUAUUAUAAUGUUUGAUAAUUUUAUUUUAAAGGGCAUCACAGUCUACUGUGCCAAAAUAAGGGUAAACCGUGAAUUGACUUUCAAAAUAUGGGUUAAAAUAGCAUGGUCGUAAGACACUUUGAAUUAUUAGUUAAUCAAAUUAUUUAAUCUGAGAUUUUGGAAUGUAUUCAACAUUUUUUUUUUAAUUUAAAUAGCCAAGGCAUGAUUAUAGUUAAAUUGGAGAUUUUUUUUUCCAAUUGAGUACCCUUUGCACAAAAUGUGCAGUUUGUUUUUUUAAUUCAUGACAAUCAGCUGUUUAGUAAACAAACCCCUUUAUUGCUGAACUUUUAAUAGGUUUAAAUAACCAAAAUCGGCAGAAUAGGUCAGUAUUACACCUAGCUGUGUGGAAAGUGUAGUAACUGCUCUGUUUUUCAAUCAAUAGAAUAUAGGCAGUCCACUGCAUGCUGUUACAGGAAUGUACAGAAGAUAAUUUCCUUUCCCACCAAAAAAAAGUCCAAUGCUAAAUACCAGCUCAUUCUGUAAACAAACCUAUAUGUAGCGGGGAACUAUUUUGCCAAAUAAUGCUUUUUUCUUUCUUUCUUUUUUUUUUUUUAAAACGCAAAUAUGAUUAUACAGUGGGGUAUUGAAAGAUUCCCUUUAAGUGGUGUUGGGAAUGCUUCACAAUCACUCAUCACACGCAAGAAGCCUAGACGCGCUCUGGGAAAGUGGAAUUCUCACUUGAUGAAAAUAGAACAUUUUUUUUUAUUUUACUCUCUGUCUGGAAUACAUCAGGCAGCUUCUAACAUUCCACCUGGCAAGGAGCAAAAUUACUGCAGGGUUAAAGGAGAGAAUAGAAGCAGGGCUGCAUGUUUGUAACCGCUUUCUGUAGUUAUUUGCACCGUCUACGUAAAUUACUACCGUACUGGCAGCUAGACUCUGAGCGUACCUACAGUGCAUCCUUUGCAAUCCCAUAAUGCAAUAUUGUAACGCAUUCACUGUUAGGCACUAUGACAGCAAAUGUAUAAAGGAAGAGGUUUAGAUCAAAGUCUUAUUUGUUUUCUGCUGGUGACUAGGUGGUGUGUACAUGAUUGUGUAACAUGGGGAUGCCCAAAAGGUAGAUCCCCAGAUGUUGCAGAACUACAACUCCAAUGAUGCUUUGCAUGCCUUUAGCAUGACAUAGCAUCAUGGUCGCUGUAGUUUUAAAACAUCUGGGGAUCUACCUUUUGGGCACCCCCGGUGUAACAGAUGCUUUGUGGGUGUACAUGCCAUCAAGUUACCAGCAGCAAGCAAGUUACACGUUAAUCUAAAUAACUUUAUUUAUACAUUUGUCUGGAAUACAUCAGGCAGCUUCUAACAUUCCACCUGGCAAGGAGCAAAAUUACUGCAGGGUAAAGGAGAGAAUAGAAGCAGGGCUGCAUGUUUGUAACCGCUUUCUGUAGUUAUUUGCACCGUCUACGUAAAUUACUACCGUACUGGCAGCUAGACUCUGAGCGUACCUACAGUGCAUCCUUUGCAAUCCCAUAAUGCAAUAUUGUAACGCAUUCACUGUUAGGCACUAUGACAGCAAAUGUAUAAAGGAAGAGGUUUAGAUCAAAGUCUUAUUUGUUUUCUGCUGGUGACUAGGUGGUGUGUACAUGAUUGUGUAACAUGGGGAUGCCCAAAAGGUAGAUCCCCAGAUGUUGCAGAACUACAACUCCAAUGAUGCUUUGCAUGCCUUUAGCAUGACAUAGCAUCAUGGUCGCUGUAGUUUUAAAACAUCUGGGGAUCUACCUUUUGGGCACCCCCGGUGUAACAGAUGCUUUGUGGGUGUACAUGCCAUCAAGUUACCAGCAGCAAGCAAGUUACACGUUAAUCUAAAUAACUUUAUUUAUACAUUUGCUUGCAUUGUGGCUAGAAAUAAUAUUGGUACCAACAUUUUUAAAGUGAUUGUAUUGCAGGCUGUGCAAACAUAAAUGCACUUGUUGUUCAUGCGUUUCCACCCUGUUCCAUGGUCAAAUGAUUUUGUUUAAAACUAUUUGAUAAAAUGUAAUUUAUCUGAUAUUAAGUUAGAAAAUUCUUCAAUUCCAUAUGCCAUUAAAUGCCAUUGGACAGUCUACCGGGUGAACAGAGAAGCAGAAGUAACUAAAAUCACAUUUGCAUCUACAGCACUUGUCUCCAUGGCAAUAUCAAUACCCUAUUAUUCUACACGUGUGCUCCAGCACCUGCAGACAAAUGGCGUACAAGCACAUGUGUACUUAGAAUGCUAUGCAUACUUUUUGGCAAUCUGGGGAUAUAUCCAUCUGUAUGGUAUGCUAAGACAUGCAAAAGAUGAAGAAAAAACAUAGUGCAGAAUUAAAUCUAUAUUAUUAUAUAAAACAUAGCACAACCCUUAAGAUUUGCAAUCCAGACGGCAUAUCUGCUCUAAAAAAGAAAAAUGAGUGCAAAACUUUGAUGAUAAAAAAAAAAAGAGGAAAUCUGACCAAUAAAUAAUCCAAAUGUCCUGUAUGUUAUGAAAUAUUUUGGAAGUUUUGUGGCUUAGUGUCAUCAAAUAUUCCAUUUUAUCUGUGUUGUUAAAUUCCUUUUGAUGCUAGAAAGUAAACGAAUGUCAGAAGUGGUCAAAACAGUGCAGAUAAUCCAAUCAUGAAUGAAGUUAGAUCUAUGGGUUUGUUAAAGAUUAUUGAGAAUAUAUUUCAUUUAAAAAAGAAAGAGAGAGUGUGUGUGUGUGUGUGUUUUUUUUUUUUUUUUUAGACAAAGUAUUGGGACAUUCUUUAAAUGUAAAUAAAUGUAUUUAUUUUUUUCAACAUAGUCUUCUGCAACUUAUAUACACUUGUUGGUUUUGAAUUUAUUUGUUUAAUGUAUUGUUACUACUGAAAAGAACAAGGUGUGUUAGAGGAAAUGACCUAUAUAAAAAAAUGAACUUACACAUUGUUCCCUUAUCAGAAUUGUGCAGCUUUGGAAACUACAGAUUUUAGUGUUGACCAGCAGAGACUGGUUCCAUGAUUGGGAAAUCACUAAACUUUCCUAGGCCUUCCCAAGUUGCUAGCAGCAAUCAUUCAUGGUUACAUGCAAUGAGUGAUUUGGUUUUGUGCAUACCACGUUCCUAUUUUCUAUCAAAAUAAAGCUCCCUAACUGUGUUGGAACCUCACCGUCUUCCAGAGCAUAUCCUCACUAUGAUCCUUUCCAGGUAUCUUUAGGUGGAAAAAGCAUGUAUGUGCAAAGAUACACACCAAUAUUCUAUUGCUGAGACAGAAACACAAUUUUAACUUUUUAUUAUUUUUUUUGCUGAAAAAUCUUUAUUGAUUUUUUUUUUUCACAAGAGAAUAAGUGGAUGAAGAAAAACAGCAUGACUAUAUAAACGUAGCCAAAAAUAAAGUGGCCCUCUAAGCACCAUAACUACUACAUCUCUUUGUAGUGGUUAUGGUACUCAAAGCCUAUGGGUGCCAUCCCCCCCUUUUUUUUUUUAUCAUUCAAUUUGCUUUUAUUGACAUCAUAACAAUUGGCAAUACAAAGUUAUAUGCAUCAAUACAGAAGGUGGCAAAAAUAGUGUACAUGUCAGUUAUUGUUCAUUUGGUAUAAAGGUAUCGUUAGUAUUUAUGUGAAGAGAGCAAUUUUACAAAGCAAUAGCGAGCAUCUGAUUCCAUUCCUACAUUGCAACAUCUUUCAGCAUUGACAGUUUUCAAGAAGGAACUAGUCUUAGAAAAAUAGAAAGAGAAUAUUUUCGCCAUUCUCACAAGUUUUAGACAUGAAAGCUAUAGAGAACACUCAGAUUCAGUCAUUUUAUUAAUUGGUAUGUUUGUGUUGGGAAGCAGAUAAACUAUAAAGAAACUUUAGUGCUCCUGCUGUGACCUUGUCUAGCCCUGCUUCCUGAGAGCGUCUCUACUGAUCCGUUGGGGUGGGGGGUAGGGAGUGGUUGUCGAGUAGUGGGGCGUUUGGGGGUCGAGGGUCCGUCAGGUAGUUUUUGUCUCGCGUUUGUUGUGGGUGUCCCCUUUGCGCUAGUCGCUGUUCUUUGUUGUGUGGGCGGUGGCUGUGUGUGUGUCAUGCGUCGGGGUGUAGUCUUGUUGGGGUGUCCCUUCUGUGUUGGUGUCCUUCUGUGUCUGUUUGGGGAUCCUAUUGUGUCGGGGGUGUAAGCCCCUUUGUGCACUUGCUGUGUUGGGUUGGUUCUAUAUGUGUUGGUCAGGUGGGAAGGGAGGUGUUUCUGCGAGUGUGUAUUCUCAGGCAGCAUGGGGUGAGGGCAUUGCGGGUGAGGGUAAGGUGCGGGAGGGUAGGGGGUGGGGUGUCAGGUGUCAUCCCCCUUUUUUCUCUAAACUGCUUUAUGAUCUUCAACUGAUAAUGGGGAAAUAUUACAUUUAUAUUUUACUAUUCCUGCUUUAUCAAGCACAAUUCCAGCAAAAAAGGACGGCGUUGAUUGCCCAAAAGUGUAGGGCCACCAUCUCCCUGCUCACCUUGUUGUUCAUAACACUGCAACCCCUACAAUGAGCUGUGGUGGCUAUUGGGCGUACAGUGUUCCUUUAAGGACAUGUUGAGACAUUUUGUAAUAACCAAUUAGUUUUAACUUUUGUUUGCAAAUAACCUAUGGAAAGGUUAAAUAUAUAUUCAGUAUUACAGACACAGCCUGCCCAAAUCUUUGGUCGAGUGUAACUCCCAUCACCUGAGUAAUUAGAGUAUUAGUCUAACAACAAUUUAAGGCCCUGCAAUGUGGUGUACUGAGUAGGUACUGCUGACCAUCCUUAUACCAUAAGAGGUAUCUGAAGCAGUCAGUAUAAACAGAGGGGAUGCCUCUCAUAGCUCUGUCAAGUACAAUCUGAAAGGGCCUCUGUUAAGCAAGGGCUUGGGAUAUAUGGGAUUCUUUGCAUACUGGAAACAUUCUAUAAACGGCUCUAGAAAAAAGCAUGGGGUUUAUUAACUAAACUGCGAAUUGGUACAGGACUUCCAAUAUUUAGGACGGCAUAUCCAAUAUGGAAAUCAGCUGAGUUGGAGAAUAUUUCAGUGUCCUCUGCCUACAAUUAGCAUUUCUCUUUUCAGUUCCCCACUGUUCACAGACUAAAUUGUGCACAUAACUUUAACCAUUUAUAUACUGGGUUUUCUUGUGUACUGUGAAAUGAGCCAAAAAUAAAGAUUUGGGAUACCAUAUCUUGCAGAAUAAUAAAAAUUAAUACCUGUGUGUCCCACCCCUUCUAUAAUAUGCUGUAUUUGUCUGAUAGGUAUGUUAUAACCUCCCCGUAGAUUGAAUAAAAGUUGUUGUUGUUUUUUUUAACUCUCCUUGUGCGUUUGGACAAAGAGAAGAACAACGCUGAUAUUUAAAGGCAGUUUGUCUGGAUAGUCUACAAGGAAAAAGGAAGGUGUAAGGAAAAGAGAAUUUGUAAAAUGUGAUCAAACUAGUAUGGUGGUGGUGUGCCUCCCAUAUGCAUGCGUGAACAGGCUAUGUGUGUGAUGUAAAUAAGUAUUCACCUGCUGCUGUGCAGAGUUCUAGGCUGGCCUCCUGUACGAACACUCUGUAUUGCUAAAAUGUGAAAUUGUAAAAUGUGACCAAACUGGUAUGGUGGCAGAGUGCCUCCCAUAUGCAUGAAUGAACAGGCCAUGUCUAUAAUGUGAGCCUGGGGUGGCCAGCAGGUAGCUUAUUGGAUAAUUUUGACAUUCCACCUCCCAUCAUGCUUUUACAGCCACAGACUGUCACAGAACUGUACUACCACCCAUAUACAUUAACAAGCCAAGUCAUGAAUGGAAGGCAGUUACCUCUCUAAAAGUCCAUCUCUCACAAUCCCUUGCCACUUGUAGGCCAUAGUCUGGAAAACAGGAAGAAUGUGGAUCUACAUCUAGAGGGGUAUCUCAUGUCCGUUUUCUCGUCUUGUUGAAGCUCAUGCAACCAUUAAUUUUCUAGCUAUGAGGGAGCAAUGAAGGAGAUUUACCAAAAGGAGGAGUAGUAGUCGCCAGUGGAAUGUGCUUGCCUGUUCUGUUGGUUUCUAUGGUUAUUGCAACACCUUUAGUACAUUUAAGCACCACACAUACUGCUUUGAUAAAUCUCCCCCAUAUCCGUUAAGGGAUCUGCAGAGUGCCUGGCUAGAGUCAGAAUUACUCCUUAGCCGAAUUUGUAAUAAGAGUAUUUGAGUCUAGCAAAUAAAAUGAGCCAUUUCUCCAAAUUGCUACUCUAGUUUUAUUUUAUAAAUGGUUUUCACGAGUCUGUGUCUCUCAUUGGGAGCUAAUUUUUCCAUUAGGAUAUAACCUAUAUCACAUUAGACAGAUUUGCAUAUUAAAAUCAGGAACAUCUGAAAAUUGACUUUUCAAACGUCAGCACACACUGUCCAGUUUGGUCAAGGUUGGUAGUUGACUUCAGUUAUCAUCUUCUGCAUACUAAUUAAAUAAAUGAUAUACCUGUGGGAUAAUUAUACAUUCUGAACUAGAAAUGUUACUGUUUUUCUACAUUAACUUGUGUACUGUAAGAUAUUGUAGGCCAAAGUGUUAAAUUCACAUCUAAUUCCCCACUUCUCUUGUUAAGAAAUGUUUCAAUGUAGUGUUAAUUUGCUAUACAGCAGCUAAGAUAAAUGGACAUAGCAGUACUGUAUUAUUUUAUAUAGCGCCAGCAAAUUCCGCAGCUCUGUAGAAUUGGUAUUUGUAAAAAACCUCAUACGAACCAUUUGUCUAAAUAUAUUAUCCAAGCGCUGAAAUGUUUUGUGCAAUAGGUAGAAAAUCUGUGGAUAUUUACCCUACUCCACACUGGUGAUGAGUACGAAUAUGUUAGAUUAAUAAAAUAUUACACUGCACAAAUAUAUCUUUGCUGUCUGAGAGGUGUAAAAUUAGCUUGUGUCAUUCCGUGUAGGUGUCCUUGGAAAGCAUUAGGGCAUGUGCCAUGAUACCGCUGUGAAAAAUGGUGGGUUUUAUAUAAAAUUCAGCACUUGGGGACAAAUUUUAUUCAAUAUAGGGGAGUUUGCACACCCAUCGCUUUGUUCGAGGUUGUGUGAUGUGCAAUAUGCUUGCCUCACAUAUUGGCAAUAAAAUGCAAAAUAUCAUAUGAACAUGCCAUAUAUCGUGAUACAUAGGGCAGUCUUUUUUUAACCUUUGGUUCUCAUAAGCCCUUUUGGGCCAAUAAUUAAACAUUUUAUCUGGCAUUUUAUCUGAUUUGAUGGAGUUAAAGACAGAUACAAAAGAACAUUAGUGUCUCCUCCAAUUUUCUCCUUAUAUAAGGUGGCAAAAUGUUCAUAAGCAUCUUCCCUAAUGUCGCAGAUAAAUAGUCAACAGAAUCCUAAGUCUCUGCUAUCUUCUUUAUUACAGCUGAAGAAAAAGCAGGUCUACGUGGACAAAGUAGAAAAAAUGCAACAAGCCCUGGCUCAGUUACAGGCCGCCUGCGAGAAGCGAGAGCAGUUGGAACAUCGACUAAGAACCAGGCUGGAGAGAGAGCUGGAAUCUCUACGUAUGCAGCAGGUAGGUGGACCUCUCUGCCAUGGGAGCGUGGGAGUGUGUGUGUUUUUGUUUUUUUCUUUAAAUGAAUAAAUGGAUCAGAAUUAUGGAGAAUUCCCUUGGUAACUCUGCAUUCUAGGAGCUGAAAUUUUUUUCAAUAUAUCGAUUUAUUGGUUUACCUGUACUUCAGAAUUACCAUUGAAAAAAUAAAUAAAUCCCAAGGAUGUAAACUUUUCCUUACACCAUUUUCAUUUAUUUGUGUACACAAAAUAACUGUCUGUAUGUGUUUUUACAAAAUGUCUAGCGAUAGUUAACAUUUUACGAUCAAAUAUUCCUUUCCAUAUCUGCAUCUUGUAUUGAAUGAUACUUCCCAUCAUGCACCUCUUCUUGUUUUGGUUUGUAUCUUUGUAUGUUUAGAAUGGAUAUAGUAACUAAGAAACUAUUGUUUAUGUGGGUCCUAAAAUUUUUGUUUCUCCACAGAGAUAGUCAAAGCAUAGGAUUUGUCUAAAUCAUUGUCCUGGAGGGGUUAAGUUACAAGUUAUUUUCUCCUUACUGGGAGCUUUCCGAUGACCUUAAUUUUUGUAGGGUUGAUUAUUUAUAUGGGAUUUAUUCCGAUUUAAAAUAUAUAGGAAACCAAAAUUCUAUUUUAAUUGUGAUUUGUUUCUGUUGCGUCUUAAGUGUUUUAUGUCAUGGCCGCAAAUAAACCCUGUCCUAAACCUUCCUGUCCUCUUUCCUAAGCCACCAUUUGAAGGAAUUAGCCCGACCACUUGAUAGGGGUAAUUAUACUUACUCUCGCUUACUCUCCAUGCGUCUAAGUGGCCAUUUUGAAAAUUAACCCAUUGGUUACUCUGUAGCAUGAAAGGCUGUGAAAUAUUAGGUACCCUAUCAAACACUGCAUAGAGUCUUGGCAUUAAUUGGAUACAAAGAAAUAAAUAACACAUAUUUACCCCCAGUAUAUAGUAUAGUUCCAGUAAUAUGUCACUGAUACUAGACUGUAUAAUACACCUAAAUUGUUAUUGUAAAUAAGAGCAGGAGCUUGCGCUUUGCUAAGAAUUGUGGACAAUUAAGGGAAUUUUAUUUCCUCUGGGCUCAAAGAGCUGAGUGGGUGAAUUUAUUCAGGCUUGGCUAAUUUCAACUAACAAUUGCAAUAAAAUAAAAAAAAUACAAUUAUCUUUUUUUGCGGGGCAAAAAAAUCGAAAUGAAUGAGUUUAUUCUGCAAUUCCCGAAUGAAUAACCCAGUAUAUAUUUUAACCUAUCCAAACAUACUGUUAUACAGGAGGCUCUAUACUACAGCCAGUCCAGAAAUAGCCAGUAUAAAUUUAGCUGUGUAUGUGGGCCCUUCUAUCACCCUGUAAUAGUGCUGUGCAUGCACAUUUCUAUGAGAGUAUUUGCACAGUCAGGUUGUUACAAACCCCCAGUCUUCCAAUCACCCUGAGAAAUUAAAAAACAACUGCAGUUACUGAGGUGAACUGUGGUCAGCGGCUCCUGCCGAGGGAAACCAACACAAUCGCCUUGCUUGUGUGUUGUGUCCAGAAGGAAAAAGAGUCUAAAUCAAGUCCCCUCUGGCUGCUCCUUCAGGCGCUGGAGCACACUGCAUGCUGUGUCCGGCACACAUGUGGAGAGGAAUUUUAACGAACUCAGUCUCUUCUCAAUGUCAAAGACCCAUUGUUCUACUUCCUAAUACUCUGCACAAAUAACCCCUUGCAUGGACAUCACUUAAAAUCUGUUCGUCUGAUACAUCAAAGCUCCUGGCUUAAUAGAACUAAUCUUAGUUUUUAACAAGAGAAGGACAACUUUGCAACAAAACAAAAAUAUGUUAUUUUUCUAAGCAGAAGUGGCAGUUUAGGUUUUACUUUUGUGAAUUCAUAAAAUAUAUAUAUAUAUAUAUACACAAAAACUCAGACACAUAGACAGAGAUGAUGGAAGCCAGGGGACAGCUGUGUCGGGCAUUGAAGGUCCAGCUUUAGGUUUAAACCGUUGCCAAACAGUUUAACACCUGAAGGUAAUCUGGUCACUUCUGCACUCAAAAUGUCAAUGAAGUUGUUAUGGUGGUGGGAAUGAUUACUUAAGAUGAUUUUGGUGCUUAAACUGUUUAUAUAAUCAUUGGGCAGCACCAUUACAUACAUUUCUUGCCUGGGAUUGGUGGGUAUUCUGGGGCAGGAGCUAUUUGCAAUAUCUGCUAUUAAUUCAGGCCUCUCCCACACUAACAAGCAACUGAUUUGUAAGAGCAUUUUAACUUGCACCAUUCUCGAGUUAAACAGUGUAUGUAAAUCCUGACACUAUAAUGGGAUAAGAGGUCCUGCAAAGUGCAUGUCCAGUCAGAAUGUGUAGUCUGGUUUUAUUUGCACCGUGUGAUAUCAGCUGUCAGGCAGUACGUAAAAUAAAAAUCUGUAUGUUCUGAUCCUCAGGCACAUAAAGCAGUAUGUGUUUACAUGCAUUGUAUCCUAUUGGAGUUAUAUUUUAUAAAACACUCUAUAAAUAAGCAAAAUGAAAACUGUUUUCCUUCCUGUUUUGUAGCGCCAGGGGAAUUCACAGUCUGCCAAUGUUUCGGAGUACAAUGCCUCUGCUCUUAUGGAGCUUCUCCGAGAGAAGGAAGAGCGGGUGCUUGCCCUUGAAGCAGACAUGACCAAAUGGGAACAGAAGUACUUGGAGGAGAGCGUCAUGAGACAGUUUGCUCUCGAUGCUGCUGCCACUGUAGCUGCUCAGAGGUAAAGAUGGUCUAUUUUGUACAAUUUAGAAAAUGGAUUUCUAGUGAGCACAUCUGUUUCAUCCUAAAAUCACAGCUCUCGACCAUUCAUAUUACACACAGGAGAUCACUGAAUACAUCAUCUGGUUAGCAGCAUAAAUUAAUUGUGAAAGUUUCAUGUUUUACAGCAUUAAUAGGUUGACACAAUUAUAAAGGUGUCUGACAUUUUCUGAUAAAGAGAAAGACCAGAACAUCUAACACUAUUUAUUCCGGACCCCAUCUAUAUUGAUCCAGAUCAUGGUUUAUUGAGGUGACACAAAUAAUGUACCCAAAGAAAAAGGCAUGGCAAGGAGCCGCAACCACCUCUCUGUUUUGUUUAUUUCAUUUGCUUAUCAUGUGAUAUAGGUAGGAGCUGCACUAUGCAACACCAGUCUCUUCCUCUCCACCAAUGCUAGCUGUAUGAUAUAGGUUAGAGCCUCAGCGUGCAACGUGGGUCUCUUAGCAGACUGACCGCUUCUUUUGGUUGUCAUGUGAUAUAUAUAUAUAUAUAUAUAUAUAUAUAUAUAUAUAUAUAUAUAUAUAUAUAAUAGGAGUUGCAUUCUGCAACAUGGGUCACUUCCCAGCUUCUUUUGCUAGUUAUGUGAUAUAGAUAGGAGCUGCAGUCUGCAACACAAGUCUCUCUUUAAUUUGCCAACUAUGUGCACAUGCCACAGGAUAUUGGUAGGAGUUCCAUUCUGCCACACUAUUCUGGUUACUGUUUUACCGUAUUCCAGUGCUGGUUAGGUUAUAUCGACAGGGGCUGCAGUCUGUGACAUGACGCAUGGCUAACAUGUUUUCCAACAUCCUGCACUUGUCGCAUUGUAGCCAACAAAGGUUUAGAACUAUACAUUUCACGCAUGCUUAUUGCUUCCUCAAUUGAUGGUGCUAAUUGUUGAUCAGAGCCCUCUUUAAUAAACAUUUAUAAUCCUAAUUUCUAAUAGUGUAUAUUGUCACACAUUAUAACAGUGAAUGUCCACCAUUUCACCAUUACAGCGAAAAGAAUCAUUUUAUCUUACAGACAAUAAAAAAAGAAAAAAAACAUGACAGAAGCUGCAGGUGUUGGCUGGACACUAAGCCUUCCCACUCUGUCCCAUAGUGGAAAAUGUGUCUAGUUGGCCAAGUUCCUAAUGAGAUGGGUGUGCUGUGUAUGCAUUCCACACUUAUCUUAUCUGUGCUUGUGUGCACUUCUCAGGCUGUGUGUUGGAAUUCACUAGAUAUCCCAGUUUGAAGAGCUCAUAGUUGUAAAACUGCAUUGCUUGUGUAAUUGUCCAUUUAACCUCUUACUAAUCCGUUACGCAUCAACUUUUUUUUUUACUCGAUAUACGACUUAGAAGUCUGUUUCUGAUUAUUGAUAUUUAAAAAAUGUCUGGUUGACUGAAGCCCUUAUUGUGGUUAUUAUUAUGAUGACGAUGUAGAUAUAUAUGCAUUACAAAUGCAGACAUAAAAAAUUACUUGACUUACCUUUGAGUGUCCCACAUUAGGUGCAACCUUGCAACAACCAGGCAGUGGUUGAGUUUCCUUAAUCAAAUCCUGGUCUUUACUUUGUUUUAGUGGAGUGCAUAAACUCUUGCUAAGUAGGGCAUUUGGGGAUAUCUAGAUUAGCUGUCUCAAUGGAGCCACCAAGCUUGUGGCUCAUUAUAUUUUCUGAUGGUGAUAUUAAAUACAAGUGAAUUGCAUAUUCUGUACAGUAGAGCAUUGUGGGAGGUGUAAUCCACAACAUCUGGAGUGCCGAAGGUUGCCUACUGUAAUUGUGACAAAACUCUGCCAAUGUAAGGGGAUGCUAAAAGUAAACUAUUUAAUGGAUGGAUAAUGAGUUAAGACAUUGAUUUGUAAACCUGGUCAGAACUAUUAUUUACAAAUGCGAUUACAUGAUUGUCAUGAAUAAAUGGUUGUUUAUGUAGUAUGAUGUUUUGAUAAUUAUAAUAGAGUCUUGAUUACAAAUAUUUGAACAGCUUAUUGUUUUUUUAUUUGGCAACAAUAUGACUUCCAGGAUUCCUUUGUCUGAUUUAAUGAAUAGUUAACAUAAAUGCCUCUGAUUAUAGACCUGCCCUAAUUCCCUUUGUUUUCUGUGAAUUUUAGAGACACAUCAUCGAUAAGCCAUUCUCCGACCGGGAGUUUUGAUACCAGCCUUGAGGCCCGGAUCCAAAAAGAGGAAGAAGAGAUUUUGUUGGCCAACAGACGCUGUGUUGACAUGGAGGGCAGGUGAGAGAUGAUGGUUCACCACUAGCUACUGGUAUAUUUUUAUUAACUUAAGCUUUAUCGCAUUCUCAUAGCACCUGGGGUGUAUGGUUUUGAAAGCAUUAAGGUAGAGGUGGAUUUCACAUGCACUAAAAUAAUACUUGAGAAAUGGGAUACACUAUGAAAAUCAUGACCGUCAACGCUAAUCAGUUUUUUUGUAUUAUUUCACCUGGCAAAGAAUUGUGCGAGUUGUAGUCCAACAAAAGCUAUAGGCCCGCAGUUGGGACACUUGAGGUCAACAGUUGCCUAACCGUGGCCUCAAGCUUCCAUUGAACUUCAGUGCCUAGAAUUCCGUACCAACCAGAACAAUUCAGAACAAACAUGUCAUUGCUUUACAUGGUUAAGCACUAACACACUGCCACCAGUCACACCACCAAGAGUGGUCUAUGAGGCAUCCCCUUAAUCAUGUAGUUUAUAAUUUAAAAUGCUGUGUUUCUCUGCCUGUCAGGAUAAAAACACUUCAUGCCCAGAUCAUUGAGAAGGACGCAAUGAUUAAAGUUCUUCAGCAACGUUCCCGCAAAGAUCCAAGCAAGCUGGACCAGCCCUCUUCCAUGCGACCAUCCAAGUCACUUAUGUCCAUUUCUAAUGCUGGAUCUGGGCUGUUAUCUCAUUCCUCAACGCUGACUAAUACCCCCAUUUUGGAAGAAAAGAGAGAGGACAAGAACUGGAAGGGCAGCUUGGGUAAGCGUUACACUGCUUUGAAAAACUAAAUAAUAGAUAUUCACCUGGAAACCGUACAAUAUACAAUAACACAUGUUGCUCCUCUUAUCCUCAUACAGGAGUUCUCUUGGGAACAGAAUACCGCUCUGAUUCCAUCUCAUCUACUCCAUCACCGGUCCUUCCAUCCACACCACUUCUACCUGGGCACUCAAAGACCGGUAGCCGAGAUUGCUGCACGCAAACAGAUCGGAAUAGCGAGCAGAAUAAAAAUCCUUCUGUGAGUGCAUCUCCUGGCCCACCAGUGCGACUGGCCACUCCAAGCCCCAUGUAUAGCUCAGACAGAACAGGUAAUAGCUAAUAAUGUUCCUUUACAAUAUUUUUAUUUAAUAGAAUCCUAUUUUUAUAGCUCUAACAUUCAGUCCUCUUUGGGUGUUACAUCUUGAUUCAUGCAUGCGAAUAGAAAAAUAGUAUAAAAUGUUUAAAUUUACUAUUGAAAUAUGGCUUUUUACCAGUCUAUAUUUUUGAUUUUCAGACACAGUUUUUCAGUCCAGUACUUUGGAAAGAAAGAACCCACUUCCACAGCUUACGCAAGAUGUUACAGAUGGUGAAUUGGUUGAAUACCUAAUUUAAAGACAAGAUACACGGGGUAUUACAUCAAACAGACUAUGCUAUUUAUAGGAACAAGUAAUCCAACUUUAUUUAUAGGUAUUAUUUGGAGCCUAAAUGGAAGAAUAGAUUUUCUUAUAUAAUUCCUAAAAACUAUCAUAUUUACAGUUCUGUAAAGGAAGUGAAUGCAUUUUACACUAUUAGAAAAGUAUCCUUGAUUCUGGAGAACAUAUGUAUAUGCAUCCAAACGAUUUUGGGAUGAAGCACUGACAUGAUGAUCAGAAAGUCGCGAAACCCUCUUCUUAGUCCCUACAUAUGAUUGUUGCCAAAAAAAUUGAACAUCGGAAGAGACGAUUAGGGUGCCUUUAUUUGUCACAAAAUUUCAACGAAGGAGAAAACACUUGAUCCACAAGGACUUCUGUAUUAUACAAUAUUGCAGGAAUACUGGGGAUAAAAACUGCACAUUUUUUUUGAUAGCCAAGUAGUUUGUCAUUUGACCGUGAGCAGUUCGGAUAUUACCCAUCUGUUACAUAGGACACCAUUACACACCAAUACACUCCAGGGCAAUGUUUCCUAAUGCUUUCAAUCAAGGGUAAAUGUUUGAACGAUACAGGUGAGGGUUUUUCAAACAUAGGAUUGUGUGCAGAUCUCAUUAUGUGGCUAAUGUUUUGUUCUCUAAGGUAAUUGAGAGUUUUGAUAAGGUGAUGCGAAAGCUGGCUUUCAAUAAGAAAAUUCAGUAAUGAAGAGAGAAAAUUCCCAGCACCAUUUCCCCCCCCCCCAGGGUUACCUUUUCUGUCUUUGCCUCUAUACCUAUCUAUGUACUUUAACAGCUACAAAUGAUCCUUUGCAGUUGGUAAGAUAGCAAUCUUGUUGUUCCUGAUGAUAGGAACAAGAUCUCUGUACUUUAUACUUUUUUACAACAAUUUUACAACCAAAAAUUGUUGUAAAAAAGUAUAAAUGCCAAAGAACUGCAGCGACAAUAAUUUAAAAAAAUAAGUAUAAAUAAUAUAGCCAAUAUUUAAUAAAAUAUCAAAAUUAAUAGAGAUAUCACUGCUUUACAAUCUGCCCUUAUGCAAGUGUGGACAGAUAGCUGGGUGUACAAUCAAAUGUUUGUUGUGUUACAAUGGAACUUUUCAAACUGUCUGUACGUGCCCCUAAAUUCCGACCUCACUUUUGGCUACGGUGGAGGAUAUUAAUUUGCAUAUGGUAACAAUUUGUUUGUUAUUGCAGUGUCUUUACGUUAGUUUACAUUUUGCAGUCAUUAUACGUGGCACUGCGUAUGUAUGUGAACCACAAGUCCAUGGUGCUUUGCCAUUCUGCAAUUUAAUCUGCAAAGAUAGCGGUUUUGUGUAGCUCUGUAAAUUCUGUGUAGAAUUUGUUAGAAGUUCCGUUCGAUAUUAAGUUGUGUUUUACCAAAAAGAGGAAUUGGCAAAAGAGUGUUCAUCAACUUAACAUGUUACUAGUUUACAUAGUAAAUAGUAUCUAAAUAUUGAAGAAAUUGAUUCCAAGACACCACACCUCAAUGAAAUGAGCUAUGGUUUAAGAAGUGGAAAAACUGAUUUAGUUCUUUCUGUAUAUGCCAAACCAGAAUAGAGGGGGUUGGAGCGGGUUCUAGCUAAGCACUUAUUUGUAUGCUGUAUUAGUGCUAUUAAUACUUACAAGGCAGUGAGGGAGACUUAUCAAAGUGUCAGAAUCUGAAAAGUGGUGCAUAGUUAGAAAUAUGGAGUGGUCACCAUAUGUCUGCUGAUUUAAUUGCCCCCCUCUUACGAUCACGACUUUGAUCAUCCUCCUCACCAUUUUUUCGGCAGCUAGUUAUUCUGAGCAGACACAUACCUACAUUUACGUAUUCAUUUAAUAAACGGUAAGCUGUCCUGAGUUGAAAAGUUGAGGUUACGAAUUAGGAAAAAAAUAUUUAGGCCUACAACUUUUUUUGGCAACUCGGCACUAUUUACUGCUUCAAAUAAAAUAACAAUAUUUAUUUUGAUUUACUGUGCAUUUACGUUAAGCACAUUACUGUUUUUUUUUUUUUUCACGUGAAGAAUGUACCUAGCUUAUAGCUCAGUCUGGAAGCGGUAUAUAGAAACGUACACCAGUUACUCCCCUGCAAUAGGGAUUUUUGAAAGUGUUUGAAACAUGCUUUUGUUCCGUGUUAUUCUCUGCAACAUCAUGCAACACAUUACAAUUUAGAGUUUUAAAAGAAUCUUGAGGUUUCUUUCUACGUUUUACAAUGUAUAUUUUGGCUAUAGAGGCAUUGUAUGUAGAUGUAUGCCAAAGGAGGUAUUGAUUUUUACCAUUGCACAAAAUGAAAUAUUCUAAAUAAGGGCUACAUUUUUUUAAUUAACGACCAAUGAAAAUAUAAAUUCACAUUGGUUUAUAGUCUUCAGGCUUCAGAUCUGACCCAAUAUGUAGCCUUAAAUUGUAAGACAUAGGAACAAGAAGGAUAUUUAAAGUUUUAUCGUUUCCUACCUUUUAAUAGAUACAUCAUCUUGUGUCAAGAAAUGAAUUGGUAAAGCAGAUUUAUAUUGGAUCGUUGGCUUAUGUAAGCAUACAUACUAUUCUAUAAAUUGAAAGAUUCAAAUAUAAUUUCCUUUGUAAAGCAGUUGGUGAUUCUCAACACCCCAACCCUCCGCUUUAAAUUUUUUAUGAAUGGUCACUUAAACAUGUGUUUUAAACAAUUCACAGUUUUGAUGCAACUCUAAUAGCUAAUCUUGUUUAACCCCUUAAGGACCAAACUUCUGGAAUAAAAGGGAAUCAUGACAUGUCAUGUGUCCUUAAGGGGUUAAUAUCACCUGAGCGGUUACCCGUAAAGUGGCAUUAAGCAACCACUGUACAAUGCCCCACGUUGUAUCAAGCGCAAGGUUUCAGCACUCAAAUUCUUACUCCCUCCCCUGAUUCUGCCAUUAAAAUGAUGAAAAAUUCCACUUCCUCAUUAUCCGUUGAAAUGUGUAUGGCAAUGAUAAGCUGUAAUAUAAGGAUCAGGUUAGGUCCGCUCUGGUAUAUAAUUGCUGUGCUAAUAUGGAAAAGUGCACAUUAUUAAGCAGGCGAAAGGUGAGCUUUGGGUACCUAUCAUCAUGGUUGUCAAAUAGUUGGUCAGGAAAAUGAGAACUGCUCCCAAAGACGUCUUUCACCAUAACCACUACAAUUAUCUGUAUUUAUUAUCAGUGCUCCGAGUGUCCCUUUAAAAUAAACAAAACAAAUAAUUCAGUAGAGUCCUGUAUUUUACCCUCUAGAGAUUUUGUAGACACUAAGAUCUAGGAACUGAUUAGCAGUUAUCAAAAUAAUUUGCAAGUACUCAGCACAAAAUGUUUUCGUAGCUUUCUGGAGAAUGCGUAGUCUAGUAUAUUCGUUUUUUUAAAUCUAAUAAUAUAUACCUUGUAGCAAGAACCAGCAAUGUUCUAAGAUUCAGAAAUCAUAAACAUUAUUUCAACCAUUUUGUAAAUACAAUUAGUAAAGUUUUUAGUAUGCGCGUUACGUUGGUGUGAGUUACAGGCUACUUGAUUAUUAUUAUUUUUUUCCAUAAAACAAAGUGUUAUCACAGUUGUGACUUUGCACUGCCAAACUUAAAUAUUUGUAGAUAUUUCUUUUUUAUAUAUAUAUAGUAUUUUUUUCUUCCAUAAAGUACAUUCGAACUAAUAUUUCCCUGUUUUUGGUAACCAUGUCCACUACAUUGCAGAGCAAGUGGCAUAUAGAUGUGGUGACAGAAAUGGGAUAAUUUAUAUAUUCAUAUUGUUUUAAAAGCACACUUUAUUUUUUUUUUAACUGAGUAGAACUCAGUAUCUUUUUUUUUUAAUUGUCAGCAUCUUUUUUUAUUAUAGCAUCUAGCUGAGUGCAUCUAAACAUCUUAAUUAUUAUAUGAUCUUGAAGUCUGUACAGCGUAUUAACGUUUCAGCAUCUGUUGUUAGAUGAAAAACCUUCUCGAAAUGUACCUGUUAUAUUUGUAGAUACACAUAGUCCUCAUCGCAAGGCUGUAGUUAUUGUUUUAAAUGAGAAAGAAGUGUAUGUAUAUGGAUUAUUUGUUAGCUGUCAUUCCGUUGAAGAGCAUACCUCAAACUGAUUAUUUUUUUUCUCCCAUACGGCUUGCGAAUCAUGUAUGUGAAGCUGUGAUUAAGGAGAUAAAAAAAAUAAAAAGUUUAUUUUUGAUGCCUUAGUGUGCAUGGAAAGCCAAAUGUCACUUUUGUCAAUACUCUAUAAUCUGAACAUGGUGCAAAUUUAUUUUCCACACCACCUUUCCGCUUCAUGGAGCUUAGUGGCGAGUCUUGAAGGAGGGACAGCAAAUUUUGACUUCUUGCAUGUUCGUAGCAAAAGAUAAAAUGGAAUGUCACGUGACUGUUGCUAUGUAUUAUGGGUAACAGGAAAUUGGAUUUGCUGUGACAGUGAAGUCCACCACAAUUCCAUUGUGCACUUAAAAAUAUAUGCAUCAGCAGAUAAGGGUUAGCAUUAGUGAUGUCCCGAACGGUUCACGAACGGUUCACCACGAAGUCAUCAUUGAGUAAACUUUGACCCUGUACCUCACAGUCAGCAGACACAUUCCAGCCAAUCAGCAGCAGACCCUCCCUCCCAGACCUUCCCACCUCCUGGACAGCAUCCAUUUUAAAGCUGCAUUCUUAGGGAGCUGUCCAGGAGGUGGGAGGAUCUGGGAGGGAGGGUCUGCUGCUGAUUGGCUGGAAUGUGUCUGCGGACUGUGAGGUACAGGGUCAAAGUUUACUCAAUGAUGAGUCCGCGGCAAACCGUUCGAGACAUCACUAGUUAGCAUGUGUGGAAUAUUGCAAAUGGCAUGUAAAAAAAUAUUUUUAUAAGAAAUGCAAAGCUUUGAUACAUUUGAGGGUUUAUUUUCUAUAAAAAAACAAAACAAAACAACAAAUAACAAACAUGUUGGUGAAUUGAAAACAGAGUUGGGAAUUCAGGCCAGAAUAGCCAAACUAAGAUUAUAAACUCAAAAAACAUUUGAAACUUGUUCAAUUCACUGUUUAAUAAAUAAACCAUUUGGUGUUAGAAACAGAAACAUUUUGGUUUCUCAGAGCAGAACUAUCUUAUCACAAUCGAUGAACUAUGGCCUGUGGUCUGCGGUUCUCUUUUGUUUUAAUAAUGAUCUAAAUUAAAUUAUGCAGGCUAGAACUACAAAAAUAAAUCACUAUUGCUAGCACUAAUGAAUCGGUUAUCUUUGACACUUUGUGAAAAGCAUCCAUAUAACUGCAUUUUUUAUUUAUUUAUAUAAAGCUUAGUUGUGUUUGGGGAAAAAAAGUAGUAAAUUAUUUUACAUACAAAUAAAGUUGUAUAUUUUUUCGGUAACCUAUUAAACAGCCCUAUAGAUUCAGCUGGCAUGUUAUAAAUAUAUAUUUUACUAUAUUAAUGCUGUUAUGACAGUUUAGCCGAUGCCGUUUCUGUGCUAGAAUAAGUUCUGGUAAUUUUGCAUUAGCAACGUUAGAGAAGCUUUGUGUAUUUGAAUGAGUAGGACACUUUAAAGGGUCACUAAAAGUACCAAAACACCUUAGUUUAAUGGUGUAUAGAACACGCUCGUGCAGUCUUCAUGCCCAAUUCUCAUUCAUUUAGGAGUUGUCACUUUGUUUGUACAGCCCUAGUUCCAGCUCCCUCCAUGUGAUUUGCACAGCCUUUCUAAACACCUGAAAAGGAACCUAGAUAUUUUAGGUUCUUUUAUUGCACAGUAAGUUUAAUCUAGACUUUCUUAUCACCUGCACUGCUAAUAGCCUUCUAGAGCAUGCAGGAGCCUCCUGUGUGUGAUUAAAGUUAAAUUUACAGAGCAGGAGAUACAAACUUAUAAAGUAAGUUAGCAUCUGAUUGAAAAUUAAACCAAUCUUUUUUCAUGCAGGCUGUGUCAGCUACAGCCAGGGGAUUCAUAAACGGAAAAAAAAACAACAAACAUUAUUUAACUCCUGGAUGGCAGAGAAUUGAGCAGUGAGAUUGCGUGGGGCAUGCUCUAUACCCCCAAACUGCUUCAUUACAAAUUAUUUGUCAGGGCUGUUGUGAGAAAAUAAUUUGCUUAAUUCCUCUCAAUGAAAGGGUUAAGGGCCAGGUUGUUAUGACAACAUUGUCUUUUACUGCUCUUUAGUGGAUUAAUAUACACUUACUACUCUGUGUUAUCCAUCUGGUGUUUACAAAUGAUGGAAAUGUUUUAAAAUCCCAGAAUUCUGAGUUUUAUGUAACAGAACUGUGUUUAAAAGUAUAGGUAGAAAAAUAAAUUACUUUGCCUAUACUUAUGUGAAAAGGGCACAAUAAAAAAAAAAAAUCUGUGUUAAAGACUUCAGUUUUCAAUUAAAGGAAUCUAUAUAUAGGAAAGUAUGUAUUUUUUUCCCCCCUGUUGGGGUACAGGUGAUUAUUCCAUUGUAUUAUGGUGGAAACAUAUGUCACCACCUUCUGUAAUAAAAUCACCACUUACCUCAGGUCAUGUGUUACGGUCUUUGCAUGGAUGACAAACCCUUUUGCUUUUCACAUGGUGUUGCAGUUGAUGGCGCAUUUUGUGGUAGAAUGUGAUGCUAUGGGAUUUGAUUGGGGAAGGACCAAAUUAAAAGCAAAAUAACCUUUUUAAUGUGUACUCUUCCAAAUCACCCAGAACAUUUUCCCCUACAGGAGACCUUCUCUCUUCAAUGGAACCGUCAGGUUUUUUUUAGUUUUUGGAAGCAAUCUAUGAAUGUAAUGCAAGAUUAUCACUUUUAUAAACAUCCCCACUUUCUUUAUUCUUGUGAAUGAAAUAAACUACACCUUAAUUUUUUAAAGCUGUGUGUAUGUAAAUAUAUUUGUGGAUGGGUCAGUAGAACAGAAUUAACCUUUUCCUUUUUGGUUACUGUGUAGAAGGUAAAAAAUGUUGGAAGAUACAUUUUGCUGGGCAAAGUUCUUUUUUUUUGUAUAGUAAGUUUUUACAAUGUUUUGUAACAGAAGAAUUAUUUUUGCACUAUUCUGUUUUUCUGUUGCUAUGCUCUUGAACUGGAAAAUAAAAUAAUGCAUUGUACAGAUAAAA